AUGAAUCUUCACCAAGUCCUUACUGGGGCUGUCAACCCAGGGGACAAUUGUUUUUCUGUAGGUAGCAUAAACAACCAACCAUUCACGGUAAGAUAUUUCAGGCAGUCGGUCUCCCUACAUUUUAAGCAUGCUUUGGAAGUGCUCCAAGCUAGUCCAGCAGCGUCAUUGACUUAGGGCACUGUUCAGAGAUGAGAAUCUGAUACUAUACCCACAGUCUUUCACUGAGCCGAUCAAUAUCAGACUAUUCUUGUCUCUGUCCUCUAGUGCAGGCAAAAGUUACAUUGUGCUGCUUAUGUCGUGUGACAGUCUGCAUUUGUCUGUACAUUUAUUCAUGGAUUUAGUAUGCAUACUACGGAUAUCAUCUGCUUGUCAGUGUCAUGCAAUGCAAAGUCAUGCUAGAAGUUAAACUCUCAUUGAAUCCCGCUCAACAGUUCUUUGUGAUUAUUGUCCUAACUGAGUGACAUCCCUCCCUCAUCCCACCCUCUCAUGUUAUAGGCAUAUGCCUCGGGCUGUGACGUUGUGAUUUUGGGCAGUGACUUUGAAAGGCUACAGAUCAUCCCAGGAGCGAAGCAUGGGAACAUCCAGGUGGGCUGUGUGGACAGCUCACUACAGGGAGGCCAGGUAAGAUACAUUGUUGCCUGUUGCUCCUGAACCUGUUCUUAAAUCAAGUACAGCCCUAACGGCAACUUACUGAGAAACUACACCGUCAAGCAUAGUGCAAGCAUUCGAUAAGUGUUGUUUUCGGCAUGCUAUACCAGAAGCAGCAAACAGAGACGGCAUCAACAGCUCGAGCUUGAAGCGUAAAAAUACUCUUUAGGAGCGUGAGCGCUAUUUACUUGCGUGAUGCCUGAUGUAGCAUCUCUGAUUGAUCAGUGGGCCUGUUUCGCGCGUGCUUGUACUCUGCACGCUUGUAUUAUUUGUUUGGUGUAGUUACUGCAACUUAUAGACCUACAGUUGAAGUCGGAAGUUUACAGUGGCUUGCGAAAGUAUUCACCCCCCCUUUGGCAUUGUUCCUAUUUUGUUGCCUUACAACCUGGAAUUAAAAUCGAUUUUUUGGGGGGUUUGUAUAAUUUGAUUUACACAACAUGCCUACCACUUUGAAGAUGAAAACAUUUUUUGGUGUGAAAAAACAAGAAAUAACACACAAAAACAGAACUUGAGCGUGCAUAACUAUUCACCCCCCCAAAGUCAAUACUUUGUAGAGCCACCUUUUGCAGCAAUUACAGCUGCAAGUCUCUUGGGGUAUGUCUCUAUAAGCUUGUCACAUUUAGCCACUGGGAUUUGGGGGGGGGCAUGGGCAAGUUGCAGCAGAGGGUGCAGAGCUGGUGGCCGGGGUAGUGGUAUCCAGGUGGAAAGCAUGGCCAGCCGUAGCAAAAUGCUUGUUGAAAUUCUCGAUUAUUGUAGAUUUAUCGGUGGUGAUAGUGUUUCCUAGCCUCAGUGCAGUGGGCAGCUGGGAGGAGGUGCUCUUAUUCUCCAUGGACUUUACAGUGUCCCAAAACUUUUUGGAGUUAGUGCUACAGGAUGCAAAUUUCUGUUUGAAAAAGCUAGCCUUUGCUUUCCUAACUGCUUGUGUAUAUUGGUUCCUGACUUCCCUGAAAAGGUGAAUAUCGCGGGGGCUAUUCGAUGCUAAUGCAGUACGCCACAGGAUGUUUUUGUGCUGGUCAAGGGCAGUCAAGUCUGAGGAGAACCAGGGGCUAUAUCUGUUCUUAGUUCUGUAUUUUUUGAAUGGUGCAUGUUUAUUUAAGAUUGAGAGGAAAUUACUUUUAAAGAACAACCAGGCAUCCUCUACUGACAGAAUGAGAUCUAUAUCCAUCCAGGAUAACUGGGCCAGGUCAAUUAGGAAGGCCUGCUCGCUAAAGUGUUUUAGGGAGCGUUUGACAGUGAUGAGGGGUGGUCGUUUUACCGCGGACCCGUUACGGACGCAGGCAAUAAGGCAGUGAUCGCUGAGAUCCUGGUUGAAGACAGCGGAGGUGUAUUUAGAGGGUAAGUUAUUCAGGAUGAUAUCUAUGAGGGUACCCAUGUUUACGGAUUUAGGGUUGUACCUGGUAGGUUUGUUGAUAAUUUGUGUGAGAUUGAGGGCAUCUAGUUUAGAUUGUAGGAUGGCCGGGGUGUUAAGCAUAUCCCAAUUUAGGUCACCAAGCAGUACGAACUCUGAGGAUAAAUGGGGGGCAAUCAAUUCACAUAUGGUAUCCAGGGCACAGCUGGGGGCUGAGGGGGGUCUGUAGCAAGCGGCAACAGGGUUGGCGGAGUGUGCUAACGCAGUUAAUAACUCAAACUUAGGAAGUUGACUUCUGAUGUUAACGUGCAGAAAACCAAGGCUUUUACGGUUACAGAAGUCAACAAAUGAUAGCUCCUGGGGAGUAGGAGUGAUACUGGGGGCUGCAGGGCCUGGGUUAGCCUCUACAUCACCAGAGGAACAGAGGAGGACUAGAAUAAGGAUACGGCUAAAGGCUUUAAGAACUGGUCUUCUAGUGCGUUGGGUACAGAGAAUAAAGGGGGCAGUUUCCGGGCGUUAUAGAAAAGAUUCAGGGCAUUAUGUACAGACAAGGAUAUGGAAGGAUAUGAGUACAGUGGAGGUAAACCUAAGCAUUGGGUAACAAUGAAAGAGAUGGCAUCACUGAAGGCACUGAUUGAGCCGGUCUCGGCGUGUAUGGGGGGGUGGAACAAAUGAACUAUUUGAGGCAGUUUGAGAGGGACUUGGGGUUCUACAGUGAAGUUGUAUAAUAAGAACUAACCCAAACAGCAAUAGGCUAGGCAUAUUGACAUGGGAGAGAGGCAUAUCGCAAUCACAGGUGUUUUUAGAGAGAGCUAAGACAACAACUGGUAAUGGCGAUAAAGUUUGGGCUGAGGCUAAACCGAAUAAACAGGACAGGGUACCGUGUAAAGGAACAGUCCAGCAGGCAUCAGCUGUGCAGCUGAGUGAUCAUAAAGUCCAGUGAACAGCAAUAUGUGAGUCUGAGAGCAGUUCAAAUUGGUGCUUCAGCACAGCGAGCAGGAAGCACGGUUGUAGUUUGCGUGUGCUAGCGGGCCGGGGCUAGCAGAUGGAUCUUCGUGGUCGUCGCAAUGGUAAGCCUGUUGAAACCGCAGACGAUUACGUCGGCAGAUCAGUCGUGAUGGAUCGGCAGGGUUCCGUGUCGACUCUAGGAGGUCCCGUCCAGUUGACAGAGAGGUAGAUAGCCGGGAGAUGUGCUUGACUCAAGGCUAGCUCAAGGCUGAUUAGCCAACAACAACGUUCAUAUGGUUGCAGCUAGCUAGUUGCAAUUAUCCAGUCCAGUGAUUCAGUGAUUCCGGCAGAAAAUCCGAUAGGUUCUGGGUCGAUAACUCGCUGUGCAGACAGUGCAGACAGGCCGAUAAUAGUCCAGACUAGAGCUGGCUGGUAGGUAGUUCAGGCCACGGACAAUGGAGAAAAAGCCGCUAACGGUGGCUAAUAGCAAGUAGCUAGUUAGCUGGUUAGCUGGCUACUCCUGUCUGGUAGACAGAGAGGUAGAUAGCCGGGGAUAGCUCAAGGCUAACUGGUGCUACGGGGGCAGUGGUAAUUAGCCUACAGCAACAUCCAUUCGACAUCCAUUCGGUUGCGGCUAGCUAGAUCCGGUGUUAAGGUCCAGUGAUUCAGUUAUUCUGGCAGAAAAUCCAAUGUUCUGGGUGAAAACCGCUAACGGUGGCUAUUAGCAAGUAGCUAGUUAGCUGGCUGGCGAGUUUCAACUGGAGAUUCUAGAUAAAGGUGAGUAAAUAAUAGAAUCCGUUCCACAUUGAGUGAGGCGGGUUGCAGGAAAGUAUAUUUAGUAGAAGGAUGAAAAGUGUGAUAGGGAAAUAUAUACAUAAAAUACAAAAAAAAUAAAAAAAACUGGCUAUUUACAUGGACACACAAGAGAACACGACCGCACUGCUACGCCAUCUUGUACAAACAAUAGUACGCAAGUAUAAACACCAUGGGACCUCGCAGCCAUCAUACCGCUCAGGAAGGAGACGCGUUCUGUCUCCUAGAGAUUAACGUACUUUGGUGCGAAAAGUGCAAAUCAAUUCCAGAACAACAGCAAAGGACCUUGUGAAGAUGCUGGAGGAAACCGGUACAAAGGUAUCUAUAUCCACAGUAAAACUAGUCCUAUAUCGACAGAACCUGAAAGGCCGCUCAGCAAGGAAGAAGCCACUGCUCCAAAACUGCCAUAAAAAAGCCAGACUACGGUUUGCAACUGCACAUGGGGACAAAAAUCAUACUUUUUGGAGAAAUGUCCUCUGGUCUGAUGAAACAAAAAUAGAACUGUUUGGCCAUAAUGACCAUUGUUAUGUUUGGUGGAAAAAGGGGGUAGCUUGCAAGCCGAAGAACAUCAUCCCAACCGUGAAGCACAGGGUGGCAGCAUCAUGCUGUGGGGGUGCUUUGCUGCAGGAGGGACUGGUGCACUUCACAAAAUAGAUGGCAUCAUGAGGAAGGAAAAUUAUGUGGAUAUAUUGAAGCAACAUCUCAAGACAUCAGUCAGGAAGUUAAAGCUUGGUCGCAAAUGGGCCUUCCAAAUGGACAAUGACCCCAAGCAUACUUCCAAAGUUGUGGCAAAAUGGCUUAAGGACAACAAAGUCAAGGUAUUGGAGUGGCCAUCACAAAGCCCUGACCUCAAUCCUAUAGAACAUUUGUGGGCAUAACUGAAAAAGCGUGUGCGAGCAAGGAGGCCUACAAACAUGACUCAGUUACACCAGCUCUGUCAGGAGGAAUGGGCAAACAAUUCACCCAACUUAUUGUGGGAAGCUUGUGGAAGGCUACCUGAAAUGUUUGACCCAAGUUAAACAAUUUCAAGGCAAUGCUACCAAAUACUAAUUGAGUGUAUGUAUACUUCUGACCCACUGGGAACGUGAUGAAAGAAAUAAAAGCUGAAAUAAAUAAUUCUCUCUACUAUUAUGCUGACAUUUCACAUUCUUAAAAUUAAAGUGGCGAUCCUAACUGACCUAAGACAGGGAAUUUUUACUAGGAUUAAAUGUCAGGAAUUGUGAAAAACUGAGUUUAAAGGUAUUUGGCUAAGGUGUAUGUAAACGCCCGACUGCAACUGAAAUGCUGUUUGGCGAAGAACUAGUUGAGUUUGCAUGCUACUAUUACCCUACCUGUAUAUCCAUGUCAUAUUGUUUACAUGGCCAUUGCUUUGUAUUAAUAUUGACCAUCUAUUUGCUAUAUUGUUGCUAAACAGCAAAAUAUGUGCAUUAUGAAGCAAUAUUACAAAUGUUGAACGGUCCCCCAAAUCCGGGUACAUUUUUAAGGAGAUGGAACAAAGUACAGCAACUCAAGAGAAGCGGGCCUUUUGUUUUCACUGUAAUGCGAUAUUGCCUAAAACCUGUUUAAAUCUGUCAAAAUGCCAUGUUGCCUGGAUCCCAUUGUUUGUCCUAGGUCAACAAUGCAUUUUAAGCUGUUCACGAGUCAUUGAGCUUGGCCGGCUACACCCGACAAUAGAUAUCACAAUAUUUGAGAAAUAGGAAAUGAAGAAACGGAAACAAACUUAGCCAGCCAAUACACGGUGGGAAAAUGUCCUAUGUCAUGUCAUGUUUCCCAUCAACCAGAGUCAUAGUAGCAGUAAAUAGACAACCCCCCGUGACUCAGACUCACUAGUCACUACUCAUGACAUGUAGCCCUCCUGACUGUUGGAAUAUGCUCCUCAUUAGACACAACUGGUAUUGUCUAAGGAAGUUAAGCCUUAGCCGAUAGUUAUUUUUUGUGCCUGACCAUGGACUACCUCAUUUAGAACAGCCAGUAACUUGCAGAGAUAGAGAGAGGAAUCCAUUUUGUUGGCCUAUGUGUUAAUUAUUGGGUCUGGUGCAGAUUUCAAAUUAUGCUAAUUAGACUUUUAGCAUGUGGUAAAAUGCUUAACCCUUUACACUCGUGGGAAUUGGCAUAUAUGGUUAAAUUGAAAUGUUUCUUACAGAAUAAAUAUGAAAAUGCAUAACCAUGGUAACAAUUGAAAGAACACUUUGGAGAUUGUGGGGAAAUGAUUAGACCAAAGGUGAGGACACAACAGUUCACCUGACACAAGACUGAAUCCAAACAUUACACUGUUGAUUUGAUGUGCAUUUUACAUUUACUGUACUUUUCACAGCAUUUGUUGAUAACAAAAUAUGAAAAUACUCUGGAUACAUUCAGUAACAUGAUAAGAAUAUUCCUGGAAAAUGUGACGUAGGUGGAACAUAAGACAAAACAAUGACUAGGGUUUGAGUGAGAGGACUAACUGGUGUCUCCAAGUGGACACACACCUCACCAUAGUGUCCACAGCUCCUAAGUCAUUUCAAUGUACUUUUUUUUUUUACUAAAAGAAAAGUCUUCAACUAUAAGGUGCUUUUUUUCUUUAGCUCUCCUAGCUGUGCCGUUGAGGAACUAGUAGUUGUUUUGUUUGGAACACAGCCCUGCAUCCCCGCCAUCACACAAUUACUGUUGUUGUUUAUGUAAUCCAAGAACGGACUGUUAUAAAUCGCAAUCUGGGUCAAGUGGGCAUCAUUUGAAAGCUUGUUCUGUUGUCAACAGGACUAGCAUGACAAUGUUAGGCUUUCACAAUGCAAUUCAUAGAAAGGAGUCAUUAGUGCAUUCAGGUGCUUGUGCUUGAGAGGAUCAAGACUGUAUCAACGCAGCCCCUUUAUAGAGCAAAGAGCCUGCUCUACUUACUCAUUCAUUGCUACAGCUGUCUGGGCUACAUUAGCCCACCAGUCCCCACUCAUGAUGCACAGAAGUUAACACACUUGAAUAAUGCAACACGUUAUGUAGAAAUGUUGAAACUGUUCGUUACUGUUCGCAAAAACAAUGUCCAUACAGGCCAGAACACUUAACGUUACAAUGUAAGACAAUACCGGUAGCUUCCAGCUUUAAUUGUAAACUUGACUUUCCACUACCCUAGUACUUUGUUUGCGAUACCAUAACGCAAACCAUAACGCAAACCAUAACGCAAAAAAUGCUGAUUUCAAAGCUGACUGUCACCAACUUUUUAUUCAUUCCCUUCGUCUCCCUUGCCAACAAAAACUCAUUCACUUCUUCAUCUUCCUCUACGGGAGGUCUGGUUUACACCAGAUUCCAUAGCCACAUUCUGCCUAGCAAGUUGUCAUUCAUUUCUUAGAGAUUGCUUAUUCUAUAGACGGGUUGGUUGUUUAGCAACAAAACCGACGCGUGCACAACUAUGGGGCUUAGAUUGUUGACAUAUAAACUAUAUUUUGUCUCCAAUGUUUAUUGAAAACGUAAAUAAAUUUGUACAAUGAGCACUUGUCUCUCAAAUACCUCGUUACAGUUGUUGUUAGCGAGCAAAUUUUAGCCAUAUUAGCAUAGACAUGAAGUCAGUCAAAAUAAGAUAUGGUAUGAAGAACGAGCUGAAACGAGCCACUUACGAUUCCCCACAUGGCAGUUUCUUGUCAUUCUCGCCAUGUAGCCCCAUGGAAUCAGCAAAAACAAGCACAAUAUCUCAAUGCAUCCACACACUCCUAUUGAAUAAUAUGCAUUCACCUGUAUCGUGAAUAGACCUAGGUUACAUCUUGAUUUACCCAGUUUAUCAAUAAAGAUUUACCAUUCAAAUAAAUUAUUACCAUUAUGUUGUUUUAUAUUUAGAUUGGUAAAAACAAAGUCAAAUUGAUUGUAUAAUUGACUCAAUUCAUGCAUACAUGGUUGUUCAAAUGUAAUGAUAUUGAACUCCUAAGGAUUUAACAGAGCAGUAGCUAAGUUUAUCUGUCUGGAUCAAGUGCCAUUCUGUGACUUUGGCUAAUACGUAGUCUUUUUUUUUGUUGUUAUGGUAUAAUGAGACUGAAAAGGUCUUCACAUUGAAUAAAAUGUCCCCUCUCUUCAAUUGCUGCUGACAGGUUGCAGCUUCCUAUGGAAGUAUCGUCUGUGUCUUUGAGCCUGUUCAGCUCAUGAACCAGAAGGACAGGACAUCAGCAGUAAGUUCUAAUUGUAUUGAUUCUCUAGUAGUUAUUGAUUCUUACUGACUGCACUGCAGUGUAACUUCCUGAUACAAAUAAUAUGUAAGGAAGUUAUUCAUCUAUUGUUCCUAAUGACUUGGUAUUGACAAUUUGGAUUUGAUCGUUUGAAUGCUUGUGUUCUUACAGAAACUGAGCUACCAGUGGCAGAAAAGUGGACAGUUUGUUUUGCAGUCCAUAGUGCGCAACCUGGCCUGGGACCCCACAGGUAAAUCCAUUAUUCUAUGUGCAUCUAUGUCCAAAUGAAAACGCCCUGUGUUCUUAUUGUUUAUUAAAUUUUUUGCACACAGGCACUCGUCUUUUAACUGGGUCCGCAAGCCUCCAGCUGUGGUCUAAUAUCAGCGAUGGUUUGGAGGAGGAAGGGGAACAGGCAGACAUGACCAUUGGUGACCCUCCGUGUCCCUGGAGGUGUAUCUGGCACUGCAAGUAAGAACUGCACUAUGAAAUAGUCCUAAUGUAGCCUGUAUUCCCCCAAAAACAUUCUCAUGGAUCCAUCUGAUGUAUUGUUGUGUCCCCCUCUCAUCUUCAUAGAACCGCCUCCCCAAUUCAGCUCAUGAAGUUCUCUCCAGAUGGAGAAUUCUUCGCUACUGCCGGACAGGUGGGUGGCCUUUUAGUGUCCAGUCAUGUGCAUAAAGAUGCUUUUUAAAGUAAAGACAUUACAGAGAAACACAUUCUAACAAGUGCACACUAAUAGCCAUGUCAUCCUUUGUGUACUAACUCCCAGUAAUGCUGUUGUUUUCAGGACGACUGUCUGGUCAAAGUGUGGUACAGCACCAGUAAAUGGCAGUCUGGUGUGACCAAGCUGUUCACCCCACCGGAGCACAGCGCUCACGGGGAGCUGGACUUCUCUUUUAUCUACCUGGCACACCCACGCUCUGUAACGAGCUUCUCCUGGAGGAAGACCAGCAAGUAUAUGCCACGGUAAGGCCGAUCGUUAAAGUCUUUAGAAGCACUGACGUUGUUCAUGUUUCUCCUGUCCUGAUGGCGCUGUGUCCGCUGUGUGUUUCUCUCCAGGGGUUCAGUGUGUAAUGUGCUACUGACCUGCUGUAAGGACAGUGUGUGUCGCCUGUGGGCAGAGACCCUGCUUCCCAGUGACAGCUUGCUGUCCGGACACACGCUCUGUCACGUUAAGAACGGACAGAACAGCGACUCGCUCAAAUCGUCAGGCGGCAGCAAGAAGACUCCCUCUCAUAUCAAAACGCAGGACAGGAAUCCCUUGGAGGUAGGAAGAAUGUUUCCACUGCGUAGUCCUUCAGGCUGGUGAGAAGUUAAGCGAGCAUAACAGGCUUAGAGCUAAAAGGAUAUCUGACAGGAAACUCGUUUUCCAGGCUUUGCAGCCCUUGAGAACAUUUACAUUUACAUUUUACAUUUAAGUCAUUUAGCAGACGCUCUUAUCCAGAGCGACUUACAAAUUGGUGCAUUCAAUUUAUGAUAGCCAGUGGGACAACCACUCCCCUUUUUUUUUGUGGGGUGGAGGGGGGGGGGGGGGGGGGGGGGGGGGGUAGAAGGAUUACUGUUAUACUAUUCCAUGUAUUCCUUAAAGAGGUAGGGUUUCAAGUGUCUCCGGAAGGUGGUCAGUGACUCCGCUGUGCUGGCGUCGUGGGGGAGCUUGUUCCACCAUUGGGGUGCCAGAGCAGCGAAUAGCCCCGACUGGGCUGAGCGGGAACUAUGCUUCCGUUGAGGUAGGGGGGCUAGCAGGCCAGAGGUGGAUGAACGUAGUGCCCUCGUUUGGGUGUAGGGUCUGAUCAGAGCCUGAAGGCAAGGAGGUGCCGUUCCCCUCACAGCUCCGUAGGCAAGCACCAUGGUUUUGUAGUAGAUGCGAGCUUCAACUGGAAGCCAGUGGAGUGUGCGGAGGAGCGGGGUGACAUGAGAGAACUUGGGAAGGUUGAACACCAGAUGGGCUACAGCGUUCUGGACAAGCUGUAGGGGUUUAAUGGCACAGGCAGGGAGCCCAGCCAACAGCGAGUUGCAGUAAUCCAGACGGGAGAUGACAAGUGCCUGGAUUAGGACCUGUGCCGCUUUCUGUACAAGGUAGGGUCGUCCUCUGCGAAUGCUGCAGAGUAUGAACCCGCAGGAUCGGGUCACCGCUUUGAUGUUAGCGGAGAUCGACAGGGUGUUGUCCAGGGUCACGCCAAGGUUCUUUGCACUCUGGGAGGAGGACACAAUGGAGUUGUCAACCGUGAUGGCGAGAUCUUGGAGCGGGCAGUCCUUCCCCGGGGAGCUGCCCCGGGAGGAAGAGCAGCUCCGUCUUGCCGAGGUUCAGCUAGAAAAUCUUGUUUCUAAACAGUACACCCAUGAAUUAUAGUACCUCUGUUCAUAUUGCUGACGAAUGUAUUUUGUUUUUUGUCGAGGUGCUCUAGUAACUAGUUGUAUACAAAACUUUCCUUAUUCGAAGAAGGUCAUUACAUGGUUAUGCAUCUCGGCAGAAAAAAAAUGAGCAAGGGACAAAUUACAUUGCAGGAAAAAUAGAUAUGCAAAUGUGAAUUCAAUGCCCAGAGGAAAGUCUGCUAACAUUGCAGAGUUAUUCAUUAACAUCACUGAUUGCGAUAUCAGAGGUACAAUUUUAGUUCGUCUGGUUUUCCAAAGCCAAACAGAGCGAGAUUCCUACUUAGGAGCCAUUUUGUUGCUUCAGUUGAAUCUGCAGGAGUCGUGGAGAGCCCCCUUGAGAGGUGUGGCCCAGCCCUCCCUGACCAGCCGCCUCCCGAACCAGCAGAACGGUCACCACAACCACCAGACCAACAGCGUGCCCCAUGCCAACGCUCUCUGCCACUUCCACAUCGCUGCCAGCAUCAACCCUGCCACAGGUACCGCACCCAAACCAACUGUUUCCAGAAAUGAAGGCGUUCAGUGGCAAUAUUCAAGGUGGUUUACAUUGCAUAACAGUUGAUUUUAUAGGAUAACAGAGCCUGUCUUAAACCCCUUCUGUACGUAAUGCAUAAGAAUGUCAAUGCAGAUGUUGUAUGCCUAAGAGUCACUAUUAUAAGCCCCUCUAACUGACCGUUAGUGAUGGGGGGGGGGUGGAAUCGAUAGUUACAUAUCAGGAUAUUAUUUUUGACAAUAUAUCGUAUCGUUUUGACAUCGCAAUAUUAUUAGGCUGUACCUGCACCAAAAUACCAGUAUUUGUCCUUCAUAGCUUGUUCUCCAUCCCAAUUUUUUUUUAGCCAAUUUGUUUCCCACACUUUUAUUUCCUUGACUGAUCAAAACUAGUUUUCUCAUGGUAUCCCUCUGCAGCAGACAUUGUGAGCAAUGUUUGGACCAUGGAAUCGCAAUAAAAUCAGAGUAUUGGAUCGCAAUACAUAUAGAAUCGUAUCGGCACCUAAGUAUUGUGAUAAUAUUAGAGCCCGACCGAUAUAUCGGUUCACUGACAUUAUCGGCUUAUUACCGCUAUAUGGGUAUCGACCGAUAAUUCAACCGUUAACCGAUAUUCAAUAAAACAUUUGAAGCAUAGUUAUUGGACAAUUGCUCUUUUGGAUGGCAAUUUAGGAGAAUUCAGUGUGGGAAAAUGACACUUUUUCAUUUCCCCAGUGUGAGACAGUAUGUCGGCAGAUAUAUCAGUAGGGGUACGUUUUGUCCCCCAAAAAAAUCGGAAUCGAUAUCUGACCAAAAAUACCAUAUCGGUGGGGUCUAGAUAAUAUUGUAUCGUGAGGUCCCUGGCAAUUCAGACAUUUAGGCCCUGGAGUUGUUCCUGGCAAUGUGACCUGCCCAAGAACAACCAGGUAGAUGUCUGCCUGGGACAGAUUUUUUUGGUACCAUGCCCGCUUGCUCCCGCGAGAUUUCAUACUGCGCCCACCCCCGCAGGUUUUUUUGCCGACAUCCCACCUGCUCCCGCCAGAUCUCUUCCAGCUCCUGCCCCCAGUCCCUCAAUGUUAAAAUGACACGUCUUCAAAACCACCGUCUUCUGUAUUAUAAUGUGCAAUGAAUGCAUGAUUUUAUAAGACAUUUGCUGGUUGGAAUAAAGUCAAACUCAUUUGAAGCAGCCCAGACAAAAAUUGGAAUGAGUUCACCUUGUAAACUUUCCAAUUCCAAUCAUCUCAACUCAAACUGUCAGUAAGGGAAAAGAAAGGCAACAAAUAGGCUAUUGAUAGGCUGACUAGUGACCAAUCACAAGCCAUUCAUUUCAUUACCUUUAGAAAAUGAUUAACAACAUACUUUCCAGUGAGGACUGCAAGCUGAUAAUUGCUUUUAGAAUUCCUUGUAUAAUUAAUCACAAACUCCAUCACAUCAUUAUUUUUUUUAUUUUUUUGGGCCACCACUACUGUUUGAAGCAGGCGCGCGAGCUGGUUGUGUCACGAGCCCCAGUUAGAGGUAGGGAGAGGAGCCAGAAUGACAGAGAGGGAUUCAUGUGAUAGAUUUAAGCAAUAAGCACGACACAACGCGGAGUGCCUGGAUACACCUCUUAGCCGUGGUAUAUUGGCCAUAUACCACACACCCACGAGGUGCCUUAUUGCUAUUAUAAACUGGUUACAAACGUAAUUAGAUCAGUCAAAAUAAAUGUUUUGUCAUACCCGUGGUAUACGGUCUCAUAUACCACAGCUUUCAGCCAAUUAGCAUUCAGGGAUCAAACCACCCAGUUUAUAAAAGUGGUUUUAUAACAAUUCACAGUGCAUUUAAACAUCGAUACGACCAUUAUGAAAUAAUUUGCGGAACUAAAAAUAAUAUUUUCAUCCAGAAUUUGUCUUUCUGACCAACCUCUGCCCGCCUGCAGCAUGAACCAUUCCGACCGCGCCGCACAUUUCUCUGUUGGGCGAUGCGCGAGUCCCACGGUAAUGCAGGGCUCUACAACAAGGACCAACUCUGGGCCCUACACACAAAUGACCAGUUAAGUGAUGAUCCAGUAUGGGUGUGUUGUUUGGUGCAGAUAUCCCCCUGCUGCCGUCUAUCACGUCGCUGUGUGGGGGAGAUGACGAGGAGCCUGGCGGGCCCUUCACCGUGCACUGGCUCAACAACAAGGAGCUGCUUCUCACCCUGGCCAUGGAGGUGUUCCUGCAGCAGCUCAGAGGCAGCGUGGAGCAGAACCACUCCGAACACUCCCAUGAGGGUAGGUACUUGGUGGAGAGCAGGGGUGGAUUCAUUAGUGCACACCGUAGUAAAACAUUUUGCAACGGAAAUCGUUUUGCAACUGAAAACGCUUUGUAAAGAAAAAUUCUGGUUAGUACCUCUCAGCUUAGGCUGUUUGCUUCCGUUUGUUCCUACUGAAUACAAUAGGGGUAGGCAACCCUUGUCCUGGAGAUCCUUGCUAAUUAUUUACCUUAAUUCAUCCAUCAAGUAAGGGUGGAAAGAACCUGCAGCCACUCGGCCCUCCAUGGAAUUAGGACACGUGCCCUAAUGACUGCAUUCUCAAACUUUACCAGAUUGCACAACAUGUCAUAAAAUAAAAAGUCAUAGAGCAAUAUAAUACCCUUUUAAAGGGGCAAUCUGCAGUUGCUUCAUCCAUUUUUGGACUUCAGAGGUAAUUAAGAGUUAAUUAAAUGUACCCACUGUUUCUUGAACAAUAUAACAUAUACAUGCCUCAUGAGCUUAGUUCAGCUGUCGUACUCCGUCAGAACCCAAAAUAUAAGCUUGUUUCACUCAAAUGUUUGUAAACAAAGUAAAAGUAAACAAACAUUAUAGCCACAAAACAUGGUUAAAACUAUAAUUUUGAUAUCAUGGAUGGUCAGUCUUUGCAUCCGUAGCUCUGUCUAUGAAUUUGAGUGGUUCCAUUUCUCCAGCCCCAUCCCUCAGCUUUUUACCGAAACGGGUCGGGAGAACACUUUGUUACUGUUUCAACUGCUGAUUGCCGCUUUAACCUAGAAAUGAAAGGGCUUCGGAUAGGUUAUUUGAUCAUGAAAAUAACUUAACCAUAUUCUAACUGAACUAAAAAAACAGAACACUUUCAGAGCAGUUGGAUAAUGACUGAAAUAAAACCAAAAUACUUUUCAAUCAUUUAUAAUUUGAGAGCCUAUCAUUUAUUUACCCUUCAGUUUUGUGGAUAUGAGGACUGGGAUGUGAGCUCUCUCCUGUCUGUCGGUCUGUCUCCCAGAGCCUGACUAUGAGGAGGUAGAGCAGGCUGCUAGUCGAGCGGCAGAUGGAGAACCUGACGCGGCGUCCACCCAGCUGCCUGCUGCAGCGGUGGAGCACCAGGUAGAGGUGUUGCUGGAGGACUGGAACAGGGGGGCAGACAUGCUGUUCAGUAUCCACCCCAUGGAUGGCUCUCUGCUGGUGUGGCACGUGGACUGGCUGGAUGAAUACCAGCCCGGCAUGUUCCGCCAGGUCCAGGUAUGUUACCUUCAUCAGUAAAGCAACCUUUUCUGUUUUUUUGCAUCACAAUAUACAGUGCAUUCGGAAAGUAUUCAGACCCCUUCCCUUUUUCCACAUUUUGUUACGUUACAGCCUUAUAUUAUAUAUAUAUUUAUAUCCUCAAUCUACACACAAUACCCCAUAAUGACAAAGCGAAAACGUAUUUACAUAAGUAUUCAGACCCUUUGCUAUGAGACUCGAAAUUGAGCUCAGGUGCAUCCUGUUUCUAUUGAUCAUCCUUGAUGUUUCUACAACUUGAUUGGAGUCUACCUGUGGUAAAUUCAAUUGAUUGGACAUGAUUUGGAAAGGCACACACCUGUCUAUAUAAGGUCCCACAGUUGACAGUGCAUGUCAGAGCAAAAACCAAGCCAUGAGGUCGAAGGAAUUGUCCGUAGAGCUCAGAGAGGAUUGUGUCGAGGCACAGAUCUAGGGAAGGGUACGAAAAUAUUUCUGCAGUAUUGAAGGUCCCCAAGAACACAGUGGCGUCCAUCAUUCUUAAAUGGAAGAAGUUUGGAACCACCAAGACUCUUCCUAGAGCUGGCCGUCCGGCCAAGCUGAGCAAUCGGGGGAGAAGGGUCUUGGUCAGGGAGGUGACCAAGAACCCAAUGGUCACUCUGACAGAGCUCCAGAGUUCCUCUGUGGAGAUGGGAGAACCUUCCAGAAGGACAACCAUCUCUGCAGCACUCCACCAAUCAGGCCUUUAUGGUACAGUGGCCAGACGGAAGCCACUCCUCAGUAAAAGGCAAAUGACAGCCCGCUUGGAGUUUGCCUAAAUGCGCUGAAGGGACUCUGACCAUGAGAAACAAGAUUCUCUGGUCUGAUGAAACCAAGAUUGAACUCUUUGGCCUGAAUGCCAAGCGUCACGUCUGGAGGAAACCUGGCACCAUCCCUACGGUGAAGCAUGGUGGUGGCAGCAUCAUGCUGUGAGGAUGUUUUUCAGCAGCAGGGACUGGGAGACUAGUCAGGAUCGAGGGAAAGAUGAAUGGAGCAAAGUACUGAGAGAUCCUUGAGGAAAACCUGCUCCAGAGCGCUCAGGACUUCAGACUGGGGCGAAGCUUCACCUUCUAACAGGACAACGACCCUAAGCACACAGCCAAGACAACGCAGGAGUGGCUUCGGGACAAUUCUCUGAAUGUCUUUGAGAGACCCAGCCAGAGCCUGGACUUGAACCCGAUCAAACAUCUCUGGAGAGACCUGAAAAUAGCUGUGCAGCGACACUCCCCAUCCAACCUGACAGAGCUUGAGAGGAUCUGCAGAGAAGAAUGGGAGAAACUCCCCAAAUACAGGUGUGCCAAGCUUGUAGUGUCAUACCCAAGAAGACUCUAUGGUGUAAUUGCUGCCAAAGGUGCUUCAACAAAGUACUGAGUAAAGGGUCUGAAUACUUAUGUAAAAGUGAUAUUUCAGUUUUGUGUUUUGUAAUACAUUUGCAAUAAUUUCUAAACCUGUUUUUGCUUUGUCAUUAUGGGGUAUUGUGUGUAGAUUGAUGAGGGGGAAAAAAAUAUUUAAUAAAUUUUAGAAUAAGGCUGUAACGUAACAAAAUGUGGAAAUAGUCCAGGGGUCUGAAUACUUUCCAAAUGCACUGUAUAUAGACAGGUAUGUUUCUUUCUAAAUCAUGUCCAAACAAUUGAAUUGGCCACAGGUGGACUCAAAUAAAGUUGUAGAGACAUCUCAAGGAUGAUCAAAGGAAAUUGGAGGCACCUGAGCUCAAUUUGUAGUGUCAUAGUAAAGGGGUGUGAAUACGUACAGUACAAGUCAAAACUUUGGGUCUUUCUUUAGUUGUACUAUUUUUUACAUUAUAGAAUAAUAGUGAAGACAUCAAAACUAUUAAAUAACACAUAUGGAAUCAUGUUGUAACCAAAAAAGUGUUAAACAAAUCGAUUUUAUAUUUGAGAUUCUUCAAAUAGCCACCCUUUGCAUUGAUGACAGCUUUGCACACUCUUGGCAUUCUCUCAACCAGCUUCAUAAUAAUAAUAAUAAUAAUAUAAUAUGCCAUUUAGCAGAUGCUUUUAUCCAAAGCGACUUAGUCAUGCGUGCAUACAUUUUUACGUAUGGGUGGUCCCGGGGAUCGAACCCACUACCCUGGCGUUACAAGCGGAUACAGAGGACCACGAUAUAGUCACCUGGAAUGCAUUUCAAUUAACAGGUGUGCCUUGUUAAAAGUUAAUUUGUGGAAUUUCUUUCCUUCUUAAUGCGUUUGAGCCAAUCAUUUGUGUUGUGACAGAAGAUAGCCCUAUUUGGUAAAAUACCAAGUCCAUAUUAUGGCAAGAUCAGCUCAAAUAAGUAAAGAGAAACGACAGUCCAUCAUCACUUUAAGACAUGAAGGUCAGUCAAUACGGAACAUUUCAAUAACUUUGAAAGUUUCUUCAAGUGCAGUCACAAAAACCAUCAAGCGCUAUGACGAAACUGGCUCUCAUGAGGACCACCACAGGAAUGGAAGACCCAGAGUUACCUCUACUACAGAGGAUAAGUUCAUUAGAGUUACCAGCCUCAGAAAUUGCAGCCCAAAUAAAUGCUUCACAGAGUUCAUGUCAUAGACACAUCUCAACAUCAACUGUUCAUAGGGGACUGUGUGAAUCAGGCCUUCAUGGUCGAAUUGCUGCAAAGAAACCGCUACUAAAGGACACCAAUAAGAAGAAGAGACUUGCUUGGGCCAAGAAACACAAGCAAUGGACAUUAGACCAGUGGAAAUCUGUCCUUUGGUCUGAUGAGUCCAAAUUGGAGAUUUUGGUUCCAACCGCUGUGUCCUUGUGAGACGCGGUGUGGGUGAACGGAUGAUCUCUGCAUGUGUAGUUCCCACCGUAAAGCAUGGAGGAGGAGGUGUUAUGGUGUGGGGGUACUUUGCUGGUGACACUGUCUGUAAUUUAUUUAGAAUUCAAGGCACACUUAACUAGCAUGGCUACCACAGCAUUCUGCGCGAUACGCCAUCCCAUCUGGUUUGGGCUUAGUGGGACUAUCAUUUUGUUUUUCCACAGGACAAUGACCCAACACACCUCCAGGCUGUGUAAGGGCUAUUUGACCAAGAAGGAGAGUGAUGGAGUGCUGCUUCAGAUGACCUGGCCUCCACAAUCCCACGACCUCAACCCAAUUGAGAUGGUUUGGGAUGAGUCGGACGGCAGAGGGAAGGAAAAGCAGCCAACAAGUGCUCAGCAUAUGUGGGAACUCCUUCAAGACUGUUGGAAAAACAUUCCAGGUGAAGCUGUCAUCAAGGCAAAGGGUGGCUAUUUGAAGAAUCUCAAAUAUAAAAUAUAGUUUGAUUUGUUUAACACCUUUUUGGUUACUACAUGAUUCCAUAUGUGUUAUUUCAUAGUUUUGAUAUCUUCACUAUUAUUCUACAAUGUAGAAAAUAGUAAAAAUAAAGAAAAACACUUAACUUUUGACUGGUACUGUAUAUUUUAGAUUCUUCAAAGUAGCCACCCUUUGCCUUGAUGAAAGCUUUGCACACUCUUGGCAUUCUCUCAACCAACUUCACCUCGAAUGCUUUUCCAACAGUCUUGAAGGAGUUCCCCCAUAUGCUGAGCACUUGUUGGCUGCUUUUCCUUACAUUUUACAUUUUAGUCAUUUAGCAGACGCUCUUAUCCAGAGCGACUUACAGUUAGUGAGUGCAUUUUUUUUAUUUUUUUCAUACUGGCCCCCCGUGGGAAUCGAACCCACAACCCUGGCGUUGCAAACGCCAUGCUCUACCAACUGAGCUACAUCCCUGCCGGCCAUUUCCUCCCCUACCCUGGACGACGCUGGGCCAAUUGUGCGCCGCCCCAUGGGUCUCCCAUGGACGACCACUGCGCCACUCGGGAGAUCCUUCACUCUGCAGUCCAACUCAUCCCAAACCAUCUCAAUUGAGUUGAGGUCGGGUGAUUGUGGAGGCCAGGUCAUCUGAUGCAGCACUCCAUCACUCUCCUUCUUGGUCAAAUAGCCCUUACACAGCCUGGAGGUGGGUUUUGGGUCAUCGUUCAUUGACUACAGCUCAGCGUUCAACCCCAUAGUGCCCUCAAAGCGCAUCACUAAGCUAAGGACCCUGGGACUAAACACAUCCCUCUGCAACUGGAUCCUGGACUUCCUGACGGGCCGCCCCCAGCUGGUAAGGGUAGGUAACAACACAUCCGCCACGCUGAUCCUCAACACGGGGGCCCCUCAGGGGUGCUUGCUCAGUCCACUCCUGUACUCCCUGUUCACUCAUGGCCAGGCACGACUCCAACACCAUCAUUAAGUUUGCCGAUGACACAACAGUGGUAGGCCUGAUCACCGACAACGACGAGACAGCCUAUAGGGAGGAGGUCAGAGACCUGGCCAUGUGGUGCCGGGACAACAACCUCUCCCUCAACGUGAUCAAGACAAAGGAGAUGAUUGUGGACUACAGGAAAAAGAAGAGGACCGAGCACGCUGCCAUUCUCAUCGACGGGGCUGUAGUGGAGCAGGUUGAGAGCUUCAAGUUCCUUGGUGUCCACAUCACCAACAAACGAACAUGGUCCAAGCACACCAAGACAGUCGUGAAGAGGGCACGACAAAACCUGUUCCCCCUAAGGAGCCUGAAAAGAUUUGGCAUGGGUCCUCAGAUCCUCAAAAGGUUCUACAGCUUCACCAUCGAGAGCAUCACUGCCUGGUAUGGCAACUGCUCAGCCUCCGACCACAAGGCACUACAGAGGGUAGUGUGUACGGCCCAGUACAUCACUGGGGCCAAGCUUCCUGCCAUCCAGGACCUCUAUACCAGGCGGUGUCAGAGGAAGGCCCUAAGAAUUGUCAAUGACCCUAGUCAUAGACUGUUCUCUCUGCUACUGCACGGCAAGCAGUACCAGAGCGCCAAGUCUAGGUCCAAGAGGCUUCUAAACAGCUUCUACCCCCAAGCCAUAAGACUCCUGAACAUCUAAUCAAAUGGCUACCCAGACUAUUUGCAUUGCCCCCCCUCUUUUAAGCUGCUGCUACUCUCUCAAUUACCUCGACUAACCAUUGCCCCCCCGCACAUUGGCUCGGUACCGGUACAUAGCCUCGCUAUUGUUAUUUUUACUGUUGCUCAUUAAUUAUUUGUUAUUUAUUUCGUAUUAUUUUAUAUUGUAUUUUAUUGUGAUUUUUUUUAAACUGCAUUGUUGGUUAAGUAAGCAUUUCACUGUAAGGUCUACACCUGUUGUAUUCGGCGCAUGUGACAAAUAAAAUUUGACUUGAUUGUCCUGUUGAAAAAAAAAUGAUACUAAGCGCAAACCAGAUGGGAUGGCGUAUCACUGCAGAAUGCUGUGGUAGCCAUGCUGGUUAAGUGUGCCUUGAAUUCUAAAUAAAUCAUAGACAGUGUCACCAGUAAAGCACCCCCACACCAUAACACCACCUCAUCCAUGCUUUACGGUGGGAACCACACAUGCGGAGAUCAUCCGUUCACCUACUCUGCGUUUCACAAAGACACAGCGGUUGGAACCAAAAAUCUCAAAUUUGGACUUAUCAGACCAAAGGACAGAUUUCCACCGGUCUAAUGUCCAUUGCUCGUGUUUCUUGGCCCAAGCAGGUCUCUUCUUCUUAUUGGUGUCCUUUAGUAGUGGUUUCUUUGCAGCAAUUCGACCAUGAAGGCCUGAUUCACACAGUCUCCUCUGACCAGUUGAUGUUGAGAUGUGUCUGUUACUUGAACUCUGUGAAGCAUUUAUUUGGGCUGCAAUUUCUGAGGCUGGUAACUCUAAUGAACUUAUCCUCUGCAGCAGAGGUAACUCUGGGUCUUCCUUUCCUGUGGCAGUCCUCAUGAGAGCCAGUUUCAUCAUAGCGCUUGAUGGUUUUUGCGGCUGCACUUGAAGAAACUUUCAAAGUUCUUGAGAUUUUCCGUAUUGACUGACCUUCGUGUCUUAAAGUGAUGAUGGACUGUCGUUUCUCUUUGCUUAUUUGAGCUGUUGUCUGUUCUUGCCAUAAUAUGGACUUGGUCUUUUACCAAAUAGGGCUAUCUUCUGUAUAACCCCCGUACCUUGUCACAACACAACUGAUUGGCUCAAACGCAUUAAGAAGGAAAGAAAUUCCACAAAUUAACUUUUAACAAGGCACACCUGUUAAUUGAAAUGCAUUCCAGGUGACUACCUCAUGAAGCUGGUUGAGAGAAUGCCAAGUGUGUGCAAAGCUGUCAUCAAGGCAAAGGGUGGCUACUUUGAAGAAUCUCAAAUAUAAAAUAUAUUUUGAUUUGUUUAACACUUUUUUGGUUACUACAUGAUUCCAUAUGUGUUAUUUAAUAGGUUUGAUGUCUUCACUAUUAUUCUACAAUGUAGAAAAUAGUAAAAAUAAAGAAAAACCCAUGAAUGAGUAGGUGUAUCCAAACUUUUGACUGGUACUGUAUGUAAAUUAGAUAUUCAUUUUCAUUUUCAACAAAUGUGCAAACAUUUCUAAAAAAACAUGUUUUCACUUUGUCAUUAUGGGGUAUUGUGUGUAGAUGGGUGAGAACAAAAAUCGAUUUAAUCCGUUUUGAAUUCAGGCUAUAACGCAACAACAUGUGGAAUAAGUCAAUGGGUAUGAAUACUUUCUGAAGGCACUGUAAUAUGUGGUCUGACUACUGGUGCUCUGACUGAUCUCAUCUUUGCUUCUUUUUUGUGUGUUUUGAGACGUGCAAAAUUAACAUAAAACAAAGUGCUACUUGUUGAAAACAACAUUAGCUGUCUCCGUGAAACUAAUCAUUUUGACAGUUGCAUUGUACAGCUUACAUUUUCAUGUAUUCUCACUGACGCUGGGUUAAUUAUAUUCUAAUUAAGUCUGACAUUAUUUGAAAUUGGAAAUGCGUUUAUCUGCAGUAUAAUGAUUGGGCCUCUUUUGAUCCGGCAGUCAACGCUGCUGAUGGAAUCUCAAUGACAUCCAGGUUUAUUAGGGCUGGCUGCCUUCAUUUGAUAAAAACGGCGGAAAGUGUAAUGCAUAAUGAUAUGCUAAUUAACUUUGGUGAGGAAGUGAAGCAGCACCGACUGACCAAUCAUGUCUCCGUUGUCCCGUGACAGGUGUCCUUUGUGUCCCGGAUCCCUGUGGCCUUCCCCACGGGCGAUGCCAACUCCCUGAGCCGCAGCGUGGUCAUGUACGCCUGCAACAAGAACGUGGACCUGGCCAUCCAACAUGGCCGCCAGCGGCCCGCCGGCCUGCCACAUUCCUCGUCGGUGCUGAUCCCCUAUGGCCAGAGCAAGGCGACCACCUCCAGCAGCCUGCGCCUCAGCAUCUUCACCCCCAACGUGCUUAUGAUCUCCACGCACUCCGACGGCUCCCUCAACCAGUGGGCGGUCAGCUUCGCUGAGGAGUCGGCUUUCUCCACCGUGCUCAGCGUGUCCCACAAGUCACGCUACUGCGGCCACCGCUUCCACCUCAACGACCUGGCCUGCCACUCCCUGCUGCCCCUGUUGCUCACCACCUCACACCACAACGCCCUGCGGACCCCCGACGUGGACAGUGUCCUGGCCCCCUUGGCCACCCUUUCUCAACCCCUUGGGGGCGGGCCCAGCCGGGUGUCCCUGGGCGCGGUGUCGCAGGACCCCAACGCCAUCUACAGCGAGCUCAUCCUGUGGAGGGUGGAUCCAGUGGGGCCGCUGUCCUUCUCUGGAGGGGUGUCUGAGCUGGCCAGGAUCAACUCUCUCCACUCCUCUGCCUUCUCCAACGUAGCCUGGCUGCCCACACUCAUCCCAAGUAACUGCCUUGGUAAGGAAGGAGACAGUGAAUUUACCUUUGAAAACUCUGUCAGCAGAUGGCUUGCAAUAGUUUUCUUCUCUACUGCAGGUGUCUACUGCAACUCUCCCAGUGCCUGCUUCGUGGCCAGUGACGGUCACUCGCUGAGGCUCUACCAGGCUGUUAUUGAAGCCAAGAAACUACUCAGUGAGCUCUCCAAUCCAGAUAUUUCAGUAAGUCGACAACCAGCACAAUGGCUUUUUGAUAUCUCAGAUUAACAUUAUUCUUUUUUUAUCCGCACUAUUCUCGAUUAUCUAAACAUUUUAAAAUAUUUUUAUUUCUUACAGAAAUAUGUCGGCAAAGUUUUUAACAUCAUCAGCCAGCAAUCAACUGCUAAACCAGGUUGUAUCAUCGAGCUAGAUGCCAUUACUGACUUUGUAAGUAUACAUUUAUGGAAGAAGGAAAUACGUUCUUAUGAGUGCACACAGAUUGUCACUGACCUUUUUCAGCACCGUGAUUGGGGUUUGCUAGGCAUAGCAAGCGCACUCCGAUAUUCAAUAGAUGACUGAAUUCUAUGUAACACAUUGUUUAAUGGCUUCUCUCCAUCUUAACAAAAAGGUCAGCCAUGCCAUAGAUGUUUUACACUGUAGCCUAGCCAGUAGGCCUUAAAUUAUGUGGAGCUGCCACCAAGUCGCAGCCUGGCCUUAGCAUUAAAUAAUUAACUUUUGUGUGUGUUGGGGGGGGGGGGUGUAGAUGAUGAUGUUGAUGAUGAUGCAUGGUUAGAUUCGAUGUAUUUAUGUAUCCUAUGUGGAAGCAUCAGCACACUCUUUAAUUGUUCAAGACACAUUUCCCCUCGGACAAUAAAGUAUAUCCUGUCCUAUUGUGUGUCCUGUGUAGUUGGUAGAGUAUGGCGCUUGCAGCGCCAGGGUUGUGGGUUCGAUUCCCACGGGGGACCAGUACAAAAAAAGUAUUAAAAUGUAUUCACUCACUACUGUAAGUCGCUCUGGAUAAGAGCGUCUGCUAAAUGACAAAAAAUCUAAAUGUAAAUAAUGUGCGUUCUGCAGCAGGGGAAGGAGACUCAGCUGCUGCAUGUGUUUGAGGAGGAUCUGAUUUUUGGCAGUGAGCGGAGCACUCAGGAAGCCCCCGCUACAGACACUGGUAGGAUUCCAUUAGGAGACACACUCACUAAUACAACCUUGACUUUGCUCUCUAGUCCAUCUAAGUCAGUGUGAUUAUACAUGUCUGUGUGUGUUUUCCUCCUGCAGCCUCCAGCCAGCCAAGCUUCUCCGCCCGCUUCUUCCUGGUGGUGGUAGAAUUUACCCAGACUGGCAGGUCUUUCCUGCAUAUGUGGCACCUGCAACUGGCAGCUGGCCCAAUCACUAUGGGUGUGUGACCUCAAGGGUCCAUUUCAAUGUUACAGUGUUGUUGGGCAUUGUCUGCCAGCUUUAACCUGGCUCUAGAAAAACAAUGAGUCCUAGACUCAUUUGUUUUUGUGUGUCUUUACAGACGAGACCGACGCUCCGCCUGACAAGGAGUAUGUGACCUCGUCGCCAAUUAACAGCUCUUUUAACUUUGAGACGUUCAGCUCCCCCUCGGCCCAGAAGAACAAGUCUUGCACGUCCAACCUGCAGAGUGCCAGUCGCCUCACCCUGGCCACUCAAAGGCUGUACAGCCAGGAGCUAGCUCUUCCAGACGGCGUGGAGGUGAUCAGUGUCACGCCCUCAGCAGGUAAGAGAGCACUGAACCACAGUCACACACCCCUCUUCUCCUAUAUAAUCGGAUAGUCCUGUUUGUUUCUCCACAAUAAUGUAAUCAACUCACAAAGUGUUGGAUAAUUCUAUAGAAUGGAACCAGUUCAACUGAAAUUGGAUAAGAGAUCAUUAACAGCCCUUUGUUUGGCAAGGUUUUGGGGGGUGGGGGGGUCUUGGUUACUAUGCUGGCGUUUAACUGUUACAUUUCAGUAUAGAUAUAACUUAAGUCAAUUGUAUUGAGUUUGUGUACAAGCCAACCCAGAAAGUGUGGCUAAACUAACUAACCAAUGAUUGUUCUUGUUCCAGGUCAUCUGAGCGCGUCCUCCCUGCAGCCGGCGGGUGGCGCUCCCUAUCUCCUGGCCACUUCCUGUUCAGACGGAAAGGUGAGGUUCUGGAGGUGCAGGGCGGCUGCAGUGGAGCCAGACGCCCAGGAGCUGACGUACACCUGGGAGGAAUGGCCUCUAUUGGUGGAGGAGGGGCUGGGCAACAGCAGUGCCGUGACCGUGUCGGGCAGACCAGUGACAGUCAGCUGUUGUCACACCAGCCGCAUCGCAGUGGCCUACCGACACAACCCUAGCCCUCACCUGAGCCCUAACCCUAACCACCUGAGGCCUAACCCUCAGCAGGGUGUCAGAGAACCACUGGUCCACGUAGGGGUAUUCCAGUGCGAGUCCACAGGCGGCUCCCACUGGGUGCUAGAGCAGACCCUCAUCUUGGAUGCCUCCACUCCCACUGGUAACAACAACAAUAACAUGGAGAGUGGCACCAAGAGCCUGAAUGUGGAGAAUAAUAACCUGGACAUCUAUCUGCCCAAUGACCACUGCCUGGGGACCUCUGGAAAGAGUCUGGUCCACCUGGACUGGGUCUCCAGGGAGGACGGCUCCCACAUUCUCACUGUGGGGAUUGGUUCCAAACUCUACAUGUACGGCCUGCUCUCUGGAAAACCUCCUGAACUCGGCCUGUCUGAUGGCCCCAGGGAGCAGAGCUCUUCCCGCCUGGUCCUCCUGCGCUCCGUGGACCUGGUCUCCUCCGUGGAGGGCUCCCUGCCCAUCCCUGUCUCCCUGUCCUGGGUGAGGGAUGGCAUCCUGGUGGUGGGCAUGGACUGUGAGAUGCACGUGUACUCCCAGUGGCAGCCCCCGGCCAAGUCCACAGCCUCGAACACCACCACCACAGACAUGGGCAGCGUUUCGUCCCUCCUGGCUGCAAUGAAACAGAACCACGAGGAUGGCCUGAACCCUGCUCCUCCCAAGAAGAGCCUGACCAGGUCCAUGACCAGCCUGGCCCAGAAGCUGAGUGGGAAGAGAACAGCGUACGACCUGCCUGCAGAGAUGGAGGACUGCGGGCUGUUUGAGGCGGCACACCACCUGUUCCCCACACUGCCCCAGUACCACCCGGUACAGCUGCUGGAGCUCAUGGACCUGGGGAAGGUCCGGCGGGCCAAGGCCAUCCUCUCCCACCUCGUCAAAUGCAUCGCCGGGGAGAUCGUGGCCCUCAAAGACAACGCCACCAACCAAGACAAGCGUCUCCGCUCGCGCACCAUCAGCGCCGGCGGCAGCACCUCCAGGGACCCCAAGCGCUUCAGCAAGGGCGAGAGCUCGGACUACACAGAGAUUGACUCCAUCCCUCCCCUGCCACUGUACGCGCUGCUGGCGGCCGACGAGGACUUCUCCCCCAAGCCCAAGGACAAGGUGGCCAGCUUGAGUGGAGACAGUGGCCACGGGUCCAGUCAGACGGACGCCUACGAUGAGCUCUUCCACAGCAGCGGGGUGGGCGUGGACGACCUGGAGCACAUGGACAGCGACCAGGAGGAUGGCGGUGCUAAGGUCAUAGACCUGUCUCAAUACAGCCCCACCUUCUUUGGGCCCGAGCACGCCCAGGUCCUGUCCAGCCACCUGCUGCAUUCCAGCCUUCCGGGCCUGACCCGCAUGGAGCAGAUGUCCCUCAUGGCCCUGGCUGACACCAUCGCCACCACCAGCACUGACAUCCGGGAGAGCCAGAGCAGGAGCAAAGGUACGGUUUCUCAUUGAACCCUACACAAACUGUCCUUAAUAGUCCUUCUCCUUAGAAAUGUUGUUUUAUGGACUAAUAUGAACAAAGGUGGUGUAUUUGUUUUAAUCUGGUAGAAGGCCUGUGAGGAGGAGUACUGUAGAUGGUCAUGUUCUAUCCAUUGACUAGGUGGAGAGACUUUGGAUGAGUGCGGUCUGAAGUUCCUAUUGGCUGUGAGGCUCCAUACGUUCCUGCUGACCACCCUGCCCCCUGCCCAUCGCGCCCAGCUGCUUCGCCAAGGUAGGCAGGGCUGAACUACAAGCAUUUCGCUACACCCGCAAAAACAUCUGCUAAAAUAUAUGUGUGUGUGACCAAUAAGAUUUGAUUUGAACUCAACACAGCUGAACACAGUAGCCCACUGAGGUUCAGGUGGUUAGAACAUGGUGCUUGUUGCAACACUAGACUUGUGGCUUUAAUUCCUGCAUGACCAAUCUAUGCUGAUUAGCCUAUUUAUUUUAGUAAAAAAUACAUAAAUGAAAUCGCUUUGGUUAAAUGAAUAUAUUAUUACAUUAUCAAACAACUGUAGUGCCUCAAGCCUGGUGCUGUGUAGACUAGUGUGAAGUUUGAUUGUCUGACAACCUGUGUUUGGUCCUCCAGGUCUGUCCACCUGUCACUACGCCUGGGCCUUCCACUCCGAGGCCGAGGACGAGCUGCUCAACAUGCUACCUGCCCUGCAGAAGGAAGACCCCACCUGGCCCGAGCUCCGAGCCAUGGGCAUGGCCUGGUGGCUCAGGAGCACCAAUAAACUCCGGAGGUGUAUUGAAAAAGUGAGCCCAUGUGUCUCAUUUACCUAUUGAGAUCAUUUUUCCUCCCUUUACCUGGAUAUGUAGUUAUUGAUUGCCUUAUUCUUUGAGACACAAAAGGAGGACAGAGGCAGGAUUUGCUGCACCACAUAAUUCAGUAAUACAAAUUAGAGAAUGUGGAAUGACCUGUAUACGAAUUUGUUUUUAUACCUCCGUUAUUCAUCAGGUCGCAAAAGCGUCUUUUCAAAGGCAGAACGAUCCUCUGGACGCUGCCAUCUUCUAUCUCGCUAUGAAAAAGAAAGCGGUGGUCUGGGGACUGUACAGGUAACGUCUUUGAGAAGUUAUUGAAUAUCAUUUCCCAUAUCCCCUGACAAGAUUGAAACAAUUAUUUCACAUUACAGAAAGUCUAAUAACAACUUGUGUUGAUCCGUCAAGGUCUCAGAAGAAUGCCAAAAUGACAGCGUUCUUCAGCAACAACUUCGGUGAGGAAAGGUGGAGGAGGGCUGCCUUGAAGAACGCCUUCUCUCUGCUGGGGAAGCAGCGCUUCCAGCACUCUGCAGCCUUCUUCCUACUGGCAGGCUCCCUCAAGGACGCUGUGGAGGUAAAAAUGUCCUCAUAUCACUGUCAGCAGCUACAGUAGAUGUGAUGUCCUUGUGCCACAUUUUUCAUACAAAGAUUUUCAGGAGAGAGGUAGCUCUCUGUUAUCUUUAAAAAUAUAUAUAGUUAAAUACAAAGCUGUUUCUUUGAGCAUUUAUGCAAAUUACAUCUGGCCAGGCAAAGGGUAGAAGUGACCUGAUAUUCCUGUGGGGUAUUUUUCUGAGCUGCUACUGCAAAUGCUUUCAACACUGUUGGAUGAGGUUUGGCUUGUCUUGUACAGGUUUGCCUGGAGAAGAUGCAGGACCUGCAGCUGGCCCUGGUGAUCUCCCGGCUCUAUGAGUCAGAGUUUGAGACUUCCUCCACCUACAAGCGCAUCCUGCAGAGGCACGUGCUGGGCCAAGACAGCCAGCUCCCUGCCCACCGGGACCCCUUCCUGCGCAGCACAGCCCACUGGGUACUGGAGGACUACAGCCGGGCCCUGGAUACCCUGCUGGAGCAGCCUACUGCCCCAAACCUAGCGUCCUCCACUCAGGCUGGCCACACAACUCAACCAGGUAGUAGUCAGAGAACGAUGCUUUUUCAGUUCUUAGAUUUGACGUUUGGUUAUUUUGAGGUAAAUUGAUGAUGUGAAUGCCUGGGGAAAUGAUAGAGCUGUGAUUUGCAGGUACCUCGUCCAUGUCCCUCUGUAGCCCGGAGGUCUUCAACUUCUACACCUACCUCCGCACACAUCCCUUACUGCUGCGCCGCCACUUCGGCUCGUCUGAGAAGACCAGGGUGGGUCUGACGGCGGAGGGCCACAUGGCACACUCCAUCAGCCUGGUGGAGAGGAGGCUGUUCUUCACCGCAGCCUACGCUCACCUGCAGGCCGGCUGCCCCAUGCUGGCCCUGGAGGUCCUCUCCAAAAUGCCCAAAGUCCUCAAAAGAUCCAAGCUCCACCAGGACGAACUCACCAACCCCGACCUGAGCGAGAUGAAAAAGGAACAGGCGUCAGAUUUGGACUGGUCUCAGCCCACGUUGAAUGGCUUCGAGUCGGUGUCAGACAGCUUGUCCAAUAGCCAAUCGGACUCUGUGCUGAGUUUUGACUGGGGCCAGCCCUCUGUGUCGGUUCAGGAUGACACCCUGGAGUUGAAAUGGGACAGCGACAAGGAGGAUGAGGAGGACGAACCACAGGGCUUGGCCAUGAAGAACAUCAGCGCCGACAACACCAGUAGUGUCUUCCAGGGCGACAUCUCUCCGUUGACGGAGACGCCGCUGGACGAGGCCGACGUCCUCAUGCCCUCUGAGGACAUCCUUGCCGCUCAACUCAAGUUCAGCGCCUGCCUGAAGAUCCUGACCACGGAGCUGCGGACCCUGUCCACGGGUUACGAGCUGGACGGGGGGAAGCUGCGCUACCAGCUCUGCCAGUGGCUGGAGAGGGAGGUGGUGUCCCUGCAGAGGUGCUGCAGCUACAAGCCCUGCCUGCCAGAGUUGGCCCUGGGAAUGGCAGGGCCGGGGGGAGAGGAGGAGGCCCAGGCCCGGCCUGGUGAGGCCCAGCGCACCCGCAGACACUGGCUCCAGAGCAACCAGCCUCUCCUGCGCAUGUUCCUCAGCUACUGCAGCCUGCACGGCUCCCAUGGAGGAGGCCUGGCCUCGGUGCGCAUGGAACUCAUCCUGCUGCUGCAGGAGUCCCAACAGGUACAGCACACACACUAACAAACGGACACAAUAUAUACUGUGUACAAAACAUUAGGAACAUUAGCACCCCCUUAUGCCUUCAGAACAGCCUCAAUUCGUCGGGGCAUGGACUCUACAAGGUGUUGAAAGCGUUCCACAGGGAUGCUGGCCCAUGUUGACUCCAAUGGUUCCCACAGUUGUGUCAAGUUGGCUGGAUGUCCUUUGGGUGGUGGACCAUUCUUGAUACACACGGGAAACUGUUGAGCGUGAAAAACCCAGCAGCAUUGCAGUUUUUCACACUUGAAAGGAACUAAAAUAUUUUUUCUUGCCCAUUCACUCUGAAUGGCACAUGUACACAAUCCAUGUCUCAAGGCUUUAAAAUCAUUCUUUAACCUGUCUCCUCCCCUUCAUCUACACUGAUUUUAAGUGGAUUUAACAGUUGACAUCAAUAAGGAUCAUAGCUUUCACCUGGUCAGUCUGUCAUGGAAAGAGCAGAUGUUCCUAAUGUUUUGUACACUGUGUAUAUUUACGCAAUAAAGCAUGAGGGGGUUUGGUAUAUGGCCAAUAUACCACGGCUAAGGGCUGUUCUUAAGCACGACACAAUGCUGAGUGCCUGGAUACAGCCAUUAGCCGUGGUAUAUUGGCCAUAUAUCACAAAUCCCCAAGGUGACUUAUUGCUAUUAUAAACUGGUUACCAAUGUAAUUAGAUUUUUUGUCAUACCCGUGGUAUACUGUCUGAUAUACCACGGCUUUCAGCCAAUCAGCAUUCAGAGCUCCAACCACCCAGUUUAUAAUUAUACUGAACAGAAAUAUAAACGCAGCAUGCAACAAUUUCAAAGAUUUUACUGAGUUACAGUUCAUGUACGGAAAUCAGUCAAUUGAAUUAAAUUAAUCUAUGGAUUUCACAUGACUGGGAAUACAGAUAUAGGGGCGUGGAUCAGAAAACCAGUCAGUAUCUGGUGUGACCACCAUUUGCCUCAUGCAGGGCGACACAUCUCCUUCGCAUAGAGUUGCUCAGGCUGUUGAUUGUGGCCUGUGGAAUGUUGUCCCACUCCUCUUCAAUGGCUGUGCGAAGUUGCUGGAUAUUGGCGGGAACUGGAACACGCUGUCAUACAUGUCGUUCCAGAGCAUCCCAAACAUGCUCAAUGGGUGACAUGUCUGGUGAGUAUGCAGGCCAUGAAAGAACUGGGACAUUUUCAGCUUCAAGGAAUUGUGUACAGAUCCUUGUGACAUGGGGCCGUGCAUUAUCAUACUGAAACAUGAUUAUCAUACUGCACAUUUUAGUGGCCUUUUAUUGUCCCCAGCACAAGGUGCACUUGUGUAAUGAUCAUGCUGUUUUAAUCAGCUUCUUGAUAUGCCACACCUGUCAGGUGGAUGGAUUAUCUUGGCAAAUGAUAAAUGUUCACUAACAUGGAUGUAAACAAAUUUGUGCACAAUUUGAGAGAAAUACGCAUUUUGUGCAUAUUGAACAUUUCUGGGAUCUUUAUUUCAGCUCAUGAAACAUGGGACCAACACUUUACAUGUUGCGUUUAUAUAUUUUUGUUCAGUGUACUAUUAAAACCCUUCUAACAAAAAAGUAUCUUUGUUGUAAACAAGACUAAGAAAAAGGCUCUUGCAUCUCAGUACUUGACAGCAAGUUCUCUGAGAGAUACGAAGGAAGGGCAACACAAAAACUGAAGCAAAGAAAACGGAGCUUGCCAUUUUAUCUCAGCCUCGCGUUUGCCUUAAAGCAGCAAACCGAGGUUUCCAGCGGGCGACUGGGGUUUCACGUAGCUGAUGGGUGACAUCAGUGACUUCUCCAGUGAGUGGCUGGCUGUCUGACAGACAAGACUGAUUCUCAGCUCUCUUCUCUUCUGAGGCCUCGUUCUACUUGUAGGGAGACAUAAGCUACGAGUCACCAACACCAGGAACACACGCACUGCUCUCAUCAAGAGCGUUUGGAACAUCACAUGCUCCUGUCAUACCACAUGACGGGAACUCCUCUGACUCCUCUGUCUGAGAUGACUUACUUUUAGUUUGGCAUUAAGGUGGAUGGGUUAGGGUCACCCCCCUCCUCCGCACACUCCACUGGCUUCCAGUUGAAGCUCGCAUCCGCUACAAGACCAUGGUGCUUGCCUAUGGAGCAGUGAGGGGAACGGCACCUCUGUACCUUCAGGCUCUGAUCAGUCCCUACACCCAAACGAGGGCAUUGCGUUCAUCCACCUCUGGCCUGCUGGCUCCCCUUCCUCUGCGGAAGCAUAGCUCCCGCUCAGCCCAGUCAAAACUGUUCGCUGCUCUGGCACCCCAAUGGUGGAACAAGCUCCCUCACGACGCCAGGACAGCGGAGUCACUCACCACCUUCCGGAGACAUUUGAAACCCCACCUCUUUAAGGAAUACCUGGGAUAGGAUAAAGUAUUCCUUCUAACCCCCCCCCCCCCCCCCCCCCCCCCCCCCCGCCCCAAAUUGUAAAGUGGUUAUCCCACUGGCUAUAGGGUGAACGCACCAAUUUGUGAGUCGCUCUGGCUAAGAGCGUCUGCUAAAUGACGUUAAUGUGCCCUUGAGCAAGGCACUUAACCCUAAUUGCUCCUGUAAGUCGCUCUGGAUAAGAGCGUCUGCUAAAUGACUAAAAUGUAAAAUGUAAAUGUAAGUCUCUGAUCUGAUGCGUGAAGCGCAGCGUGGUAGCCAGCCUGCAAUUGUGUAUCUAUUUUUUUUUUAUGUAACGAUACGCAUCUGUCCCCGGUUCAAAUGUUUAAGAUGCAAAUGAAUCGGGCGGCGGAAUCCCAAACUGAUUUAAAGUGAAGCUUUCAUCCGUAAGAAAACCGAUUUAAACGUUACGAAUCUCCGGUUCACUAACGUGUUUUACUCAUUUUCCCCCAUUCCUUAUUACGAAAAUACAUAAUCUGUUGUGACUGAGUUGUUGCGUCCUCUCCUUAAGCCUAUCGAACUGGUAAUCAUGGAACUGCGUAUGACAUUGAUCUACAAUUCCGAUAACUGUGCGCACAGUGCAGGAGAAGCAGCUGAUCGCGCCAACGAGAGGUAGGCCUACCCUAUCCCUGUUUAAAUGUAUAGGCUAUAUCUGCGCGGCACCUUCAGCAUUCAGAUGUUUGUAAAAUGGCUUUCGCAAUAAUAAAGCAUUGUCAUAUAGCAGUUUUAAAAUGAUUUGAGCUAGUAAUGUCAAUAUUUAUCUUUAGAAAUUGAGGUUCAGCCAAUGUAAUCUUCUAGGUCAUUGUUACCAAAUGCGCUGUAGAAACUAGUUUUACCAGAGGGGCUGUGUCGCUGUAGAAACUAGUUUUACCAGAGGGGCUGUGUCGCUGUAGAAACUAGUUUUACCAUAGGGGCUGUGUCGCUGUAGAAACUAGUUUUACCAGAGGGGCUGUGUCGCUGUAGAAACUAGUUUUACCAGAGGGGCUGUGUCGCUGUAGAAACUAGUUUUACCAGAGGGGCUGUGUCGCUGUAGAAACUAGUUUUACCAGAGGGGCUGUGUCGGCUACCGGAGUGGACACAACUCGCAUCUUGCUGCUGAUUGCCAUUUAACUACUGAUUGGGGCUUUUCAAUUGCCAGGUUCACCAUACAAAAUAUUUUAGGUGGUUUUGUGCAUUUGGUCAUUUUUACAUGAACAGGGUAAAGAUGUAAUUUCAUAACAAGAACAGCAAUCAUUUUUGCAAGAUGCACUGGUCAGAACGGGAGAAGAGAGAGCAGCUCUCCUCUAAAGUUCCAAAGGGGGUGAAAUCCCAGUUGUUGAGAGGGGUGAAAUUACUAGCUCAAAACAUUUUACACUGCUAUAUGACAAGUUAAUCAGUGGGUGAUGAUGAUUUCAGAUAAAAAGUGGGGGGGCCAAAAACAAUGUUAUAGUGGUAGAGGCUCAGUCUGCCCUAUGGCUCAGCUCACAUUCUACAUCAUUCACUCACACAUGCACACACCUAAACACAGUUAGCUCAGACAGAUCCUACUCAACUCCUGAUCUCCAUCAGAUAUUCAUUUAGAAUGGAAAAUGAAUGUGUCAUGCAACAAUUGUUAGUGCAUCGAUUAGAAUCGAACCACAUCGAUUCGUUCCACUAAUCGAAUAGCAAAGAAUAGUUUCAAACUAAAAGUAUCAUUCCUGUAUCGUAUCAGAGCCCGUGUAUCUAGAUGCGUAUCGAAUCGUGCUUGUAAGGAGAGAUUCACAUCCCUACUAUUUGUAUUUCCAUGCUUUGUUUUUGAGAGCUGUAGUUUAUGUAUUUUCUUUGUUAGUCUUCAUGCAUUCACGCCAUGCUACUCUGUCCACAGGAUGACAGUGCCCAGUUGGCUGUCACCCCAUACCUGCAUCAUGCCUCCAUCCCUCUCCUGCUGGCCUGCACUGCCAGCGCCAAGACAGUGGUGGCCAACCCCAUCGUCCAUCUGACCAACCUCACCCACGACAUCCUGCACACCAUCAACGCGCUUGACUCCCCGCCACACCCAGACGUCAUCAACAACGAGGUCAGACACACAUACACCAGCCAAGGCUGUCAUCAUGCUGUGUGCUCCAAACAAAGAUCAUUGUUGAGAGAUCAGAGUGGUACUUGUGGUGGAGUUGGGGCCGUGUUGGUUGGGGGGGCCAAGGUUGAGGUGGGGCAGUGCUGUGAAUUUGACAGGGGUGGUAAUGUGCUGUGAAUUUGACAGGGGCGGUAAUGUGCUGUGAAUUUGACAGGGGUGGUAAUGUGCUGUGAAUUUGACAGGGGUGGUAAUGUGCUGUGAAUUUGACAGGGGUGGUAAUGUGCUGUGAAUUUGACAGGCGGUAAUGUGCUGUGAAUUUGACAGGGGCGGUAAUGUGCUGUGAAUUUGACAGUGGUGGUAAUGUGCUGUGAAUUUGACAGUGGUGGUAAUGUGCUGUGAAUUUGACAGGGGCUGUAAUGUGCUGUGAAUUUGACAGGGGCGGUAAUGUGCUGUGAAUUUGACAGGGGCGGUAAUGUGCUGUGAAUUUGACAGGGGCGGUAAUGUGCAGAUAUUGUGAUAGAUGGAUAUCCCUGGUAAUAUAAGGUGAGUUGAUGGUGGGAAGGAGUGUUCCGCUGCUCCUAGUGUAUCUGAUGCAUAAAUGCCUCCUGCUCUUCCAGAUCUAUGUGAUGCACACGCUGGCAGCCUCGCUGUCCGCCUGCAUAUACCAGUGUCUCUGCGACGGCCACAACCACAGGUUAGUCUGAAUCCUAACGCUGCUAACUUUGACCUGUGCUCUCGAUCUCUGUACUGGAACGCCACACAACCAAGAGCAUGCUGGAAAAUGCACAUAAGGCAGCAGUUCAGACAUUUGAACUGUUUUUAUUUUAUUUUUUAUUUAACUAGGCAAGUCAGAACUGCACCGUGCAUCUGAUUUUGAGAAUCUGCCUGUCACUGUAUGUUAUAAUGAUCAUUCAAACGUAGUCCUGUUUUCUGAUCCUCUUAACAGCUGUACUACUACAAGGGGGAAACGUGUAUAAAGUUAAAGUAGAGAGAAGGCUUUUUUCUUUUUUUUUGUUGACUUGUCUAGCAAUUGAAUGACCUUUUUAAAAAUAGGAGUCACGUGACUGAGCCCAGCCCUCCGCCUGACCUUGGCAUUUGAAAGCUCCCAGAUCUGUAAAUGAGUAAGGACUUUGUUUUGUGCCGUGACUAACAGUUCAGCCUCUCGUGUGUAGGAUGAAGCGCUGCAGUCCGACUAAAUUAGCUUUUUUCUAAUUCAACACUCCCCUUUGUUAUGCUAAUGAACCCCACACGGCAGUCAUGCUAUGAGGUUCUAAAUUCAGCUCAUGGUAGGUGAUUCUGUGAAAGGCUUUGUUAGAAGGACGCUGGCUUUUUAUAUUGUUGUGCUGCAGACACUCUCACGGUCCUUUUCAACCUGCUCUGUCCGCUAAAGAAGCACUUUAAGUUGUAAUAUUGCAGAUUUAGCCUGUACACUUCCAGUAACUCCAUUCUGUGUUACGUGACAGCAAUCAGCUCUUUCAUGCGAGCUUAGAGGAUUCAGUAGAUAUACAAUGUACUGUAAUAUACCCGUCAGUAUACUGUAAUAUACCCGUCAGUAUACUGUAAUAUACCCGUCAGUAUACUGUAAUAUACCCGUCAGUAUACUGUAAUACAACCGUCAGUAUACUGUAAUAUACCCGUCAGUAUACUGUAAUAUACCCGUCAGUAUACUGUAAUAUACCCGUCAGUAUACUGUAAUAUACCCGUCAGUAUACUGUAAUAUACCCGUCAGUAUACUGUAAUACAACCGUCAGUAUACUGUAAUACAACCGUCAGUAUACUGUAAUAUACCCGUCAGUAUACUGUAAUACAACCGUCAGUGUACUGUAAUAUACAACCGUCAGUGUACUGUAAUAUACAACCGUCAUUAUACUGUAAUACAACCGUCAGUAUACUGUAAUAUACCCGUCAGUAUACUGUAAUAUACCCGUCAGUAUACUGUAAUAUACCCGUCAGUAUACUGUAAUAUACCCGUCAGUAUACUGUAAUAUACCCGUCAGUAUACUGUAAUACAACCGUCAUGUUGUGAGAGCUAUAUAUCCCCACUGUGAGAGAUGGAACUCCGUGCUGCCUCCCUCCUGGUCCCCAACUCAUUAAAUAUCUAGAGAAGGCUCUUUGAUGUCAGAAUACACUUCUGCGCUUCAUCUAUAGAUCUCCUGAAUUCUUUAUGGUAACCAGAGGGUGAGGAGCCGCAGCAGUGUAUUAGUGUUUUAUGUGUUAAAUCUGCCGUGCAAAACUUCUCUGGAUUCAGAGAAGUUAACAUUUACAGUGUGCUCCAUAUAGCCCUAUGUACACGUUGAGAAUCCCUUGUUUAAUGGAACGUCCCAUUCCUUCUUGCUAAAUGACUGAGUGGGGUGUCCUUCCUUGUUUUUCUCUCCUCCCAGCCAUGUGAACCAAUUCACUGGGAUAGUGUACCAGAGUAUCCUCUCCUUCCAGCACCACCCGGUACGCACCGUGAGCACGGAGGAGACUGUACUUCCCAACACCCACCCAGCACAGUGGCCAGGUAAACCCACUUUACUUCUACAAGUUUUCACUUCAUUUCACAGAAAUGAGCCCAUGUAUCCUGUCUGGAGAACCAUCGCUAGUUUGCUACAUUUAAAGCGGUAAACUGCAGUUCAAACAAUAAAGUGAACAUCCCGCCCCUGUUUUGGUAAAAAGCUGAGGGAUGGUCUGGAGAAAUGUCUCAAAAUUCAUAGACAGAGCUAUGGAUGCAAGGACUGACCAUCCGUGAUAUAAAAAUGACAGUUUUAACCAUGGCUUGAGGCUAUGCAGUGUUUGUUUACAAUUACAUUGUUUACAAACAUUGGAGUAAAACAAACAUAUAUUUUGGGUUCUAAUGUGGUACAACAGUUGAACUAAGCUCAUGAGGCAUUUAUACGUUAUAUUCUUCAAGAAUCAAUGAGUACAUAGUAUUAAUUUAAAAGUUUUAAAAAAAUUGAUGUAGCAACCGCAGAUUGCCCCUUUAACACCACAGUCCUAAACAUACAACCUUAAAGGAUCACCUUACACCAAAAAAACAUUUUAGUAUUUUGUUAAUUCAUAUUUUGUUAAUUAGUAUGUUGUUUAUUAUUUUGUUAAUUAGUAUUUUGUUCAAUAAAAAGCAAAAAGUGUGAUGAUGCCUUUUGUAUCGUGAUGCAUUUUACAUCAUCACACUUUGCUUUUUACUGAAAGUGCUCCAUCUUAAAAAUAUAUAUACUGCUGACAUAUCCCAUUUUUUUGGGACCAUAUCAACAGUUAAUGAACAACAUACUGAAAUAUGUUUUUUGAGUAAAGUGAUCCUUUAAUUCUAGUCAAUUCAUUCACUCUCUCUCCCUCACGAUCUCUGUGUGUCAGGUAUCAGUGCCCUGAUCCGCCUGUUGAACUCUGCUGGUGAGGAGAGCCAGCCAGGCCUGGCCGUGUUACUGUGUGAGAUCCUGACGGCCGUCUUCCUCAGCCUGUUUGUGCACGGCCUGGCCACCCACUCCAGCAACGAGCUGUUCCGCAUCGUGGCCCACCCGCUCAACAGCAAGCUGUGGGUAGCCGUGUUCGGAGGGGGGACACGUACCCCCAUCACAGAGAAGCCCAGUCCGGCCAAGUCACCUCCAGGUCUGUCUCUCUCUGUCUCUCUCUCUGUCUCUCUCUCUCUCUCUCUCUCUCUCUCUCUCUCUCUCUCUCUCUCUCUCUCUCUCUCUCUCUCUCUCUCUCUCUCUCUCUCUCUCUCUCUCUCUCUCUCUCUCUCUCUCUCUCUCUCUCUCUCUCUCUCUGUCUCUGUCUCUGUCUCUCUCUGUGUCUCUGUCUCUCUGUGUGCGCAAGCCAGAUGUAGAGGCUGAUGUAACUGGAACGCAAGGGUGGGCAACUCAGAGCCUGGUGGGCCCCAGUGUGUGCAGGCUUCUCCCCUGAUUCAGAGAAUAAUGAUCUGUUGAAGAUUGUGAUUGGUUGAAUCGGGUGUAUUACUGCUGGGCUGGAACAACAGCCUACACACACAGCAGCUCUUGUUUAUCUCAAUAAUAUCUUGAAUAUUAUGUCAGUUUUACGCACUAAUAUAAAGCAUCAUUACCUUGAAAAAUGGCAAGUCCAGUACAUCCAAUAUAUAUGGCGUGUUUGUGGUUGUCUCAGCAGGCAGUGAGGAGUUAGACAGGAAGCCCAGGCGCUUCAAGCUGCUGUCGUCGUCACGCAGUGCCUCCAGAGAGGGGCCAGAGAGCCCCGGCCCAACCAGCCCCGUGGUGGAGCAAGAGACCUCCAUCUUCAAAGAGCACUUUGUCCCCCCGGAGCUCAGCAUCUGGGACUACUUCAUCGCAAAGGUACCGUAGUAGUGUACACUUCCAGGUUCAUAGUUAACUACAACCACGCCCCUCUGAAGACCCAGUCAUUCAGCUCAUUCUAACAUGUAUGAGUUUAUAGUGUGUUUUUCCCCUCCUCCUCUUCCUCCCACAGCCUUUCCUCCCUCCGUCAGAGAGCAGGGUGGAGUACGACUCGGAGGAGAGCCAGGGCAGUCAGGACGAGGAUGAUGAUGAUGAAGAAGACGAGUAUGGAGACUUUGACCCCAACUCUCCAAGCCGAGAACAUUCCAACCCCAACUCCUACAGGUACAGUCGGUGGCUCCAACUCCUGCAGGUACAGUCGGUGGCCCAAACUCCUGCAGGUACAGUCGGUGGCCUCAACUCCUGCAGGUACAGUCGGUGGCCCCAACUCCUGCAGGUACAGUCGGUGGUCCCAACUCCUGCAGGUACAGUCGAUGGCCCCAACUCCUGCAGGUACAGUCGGUGGCCCCAACUCCUGCAGGUACAGUCGGUGGCUCUGUCGAACACAAGGCAACACUAUCAAAGCAAAUGGACGUUACUCUUGUCAGUGAUGGUUGGACAUGACAAUGGUGAUUUCUCUGUGUGUCCAGUUGGUGUUUGAUGCGCCUGGCCAUGGUCCAGCUGGUCCUGGGCAAUCUGAAGUCCUUCUACCCCAUGGCAGGCCACGACCUACUAGGUACAGUACACUAACAUUUAACAUUUAAGUCAUUUAGCAGACGCUCUUAUCCAGAGCCACUUAGAAAUUGGUGCAUUCAACUUAGGAUAGCCAGUGGGACAACCACCCUUUAUUUUUAUUUUGUGGGGGAGGGGGAGGGUAGAAGGAUUACUGUUAUACUAUUCCAGGUAUUCCUUGUAGGGUUUCAAGUGUCUCCGCAAGGUGGUCAGUGAUAACUAGCCUACACAACCACUGGUCUAAUGACUAUUUGUGGAGAGGAUUUUAGUUGGAAGCAUUAGCUUGUAGUGAUUGUGAAGUCCAAACUAAGAGAGGGAAUCUGUGAUAUUGAACCUGUUUAGGACCUAAACUAUGGAUGAAGAAUUUGUAUGAACCAUGAAUGAAGACUCCCUUUUAGAUAACUGCCUUCCCUUUUUGUGAAGUCUCUCUCCUCUGAAUGUACUGUUGUUAAUGUCACCUAGUGUUUGUGUACAGUGAAGGAAAAAAGUAUUUGAUCCCCUGCUGAUUUUGUAAGUUUGAUUUGAACAGUGAGAGACAGAAUAACAACAUAAAAAUCCAGAAAAACGCAUGUCAAAAAUUUUAUACAUUGAUUUGCAUUUUAAUGAGGGAAAUAAGUAUUUGACCCCCUCUCAAUCAGAAAGAUUUCUGGCUCCCAGGUGUCUUUUUAUACAGGUAACGAGCUGAGAUUAGGAGCACACUCUUAAUGGGAGUGCUCCUAAUCUCAGCUUGUUACCUGUAUAAAAGACACCUGUCCACAGAAGCAAUCAAUCAAUCAGAUUCCAAACUCUCCACCAUGGCCAAGACCAAAGCGCUCUCCAAGGAUGUCAGGGACAAGAUGUGUAGGUGUACAAAGGCUGGAAUGGGCUACAAGACCAUCGCCAAGCAGCUUGGUGAGAAGGUGACAACAGUUGGUGCGAUUAUUCGCAAAUGGAAGAAACACAAAAUAACUGUCAAUCUCCCUCGGCCCGGGGCUCCAUGCAAGAUCUCACCUCGUGGAGUUGCAAUGAUCAUGAGAACGGUGAGGAAUCAGCCCAGAACUACACGGGAGGAUCUUGUCAAUGAUCUCAAGGCAGCUGGGACCAUAGUCACCAAGAAAACAAUUGGUAACACACUACGCCGUGAAGGACUGAAAUCCUGCAGCGCCCGCAAGGUCCCCCUGCUCAAGAAAGCACAUAUACAGGCCCGUCUGAAGUUUGCCAAUGAACAUCUGAAUGAUUCAGAGGAGAACUGGGUGAAAGUGUUGUGGUCAGAUGAGACCAAAAUGGAGCUCUUUGGCAUCAACUCAACUCGCCGUGUUUGGAGGAGGAGGAAUGCUGUCUAUGACCCCAAGAACACCAUCCCCACCGUCAAACAUGGAGGUGGAAACAUUAUGCUUUGGGGGUGUUUUUCUGCUAAGGGGACAGGACAACUUCACCGCAUCAAAGGGACGAUGGACGGGGCCAUGUACCGUCAAAUCUUGGGUGAGAACCUCCUUCCCUCAGCCAGGGCAUUGAAAAUGGGUCGUGGAUGGGUAUUCCAGCAUGACAAUGACCCAAAACACACGGCCAAGGCAACAAAGGAAGUGGCUCAAGAAUAAGCACAUUAAGGUCCUGGAGUGGCCUAGCCAGUCUCCAGACCUUAAUCCCAUAGAAAAUCUGUGGAGGGAGCUGAAGGUUCGAGUUGCCAAACGUCAGGCUCGAAACCUUAAUGACUUGGAGAAGAUCUGCAAAGAGGAGUGGGACAAAAUCCCUCCUGAGAUGUGUGCAAACCUGGUGGCCAACUACAAGGAAACGUCUGACCUCUGUGAUUGCAAACAAGUGUUUUGCAACCAAGUACUGAGUCAUGUUUUGCAGAGGGGUCAAAUACUUAUUUCCCUCAUUAAAAUGCAAAUCAAUUUAUAACAUUUUUGACAUGCGCGUUUAUGGAUUUUGUUGUUGUUAUUCUGUCUCUCACUGUUCAAAUAAACCUACCAUUAAAAUUAUAGACUGAUCAUGUCUUUGUCAGCGGGCAAACGUACAAAAUCAGCAGGUGAUCAAAUACUUUUUUCCCCUCACUGUAUAUCUCUUAGAUCUACCUGUGGGCUCUCCUCUGUGUCACGCGGUGCUGAAGACCCUCCAGCGCUGGGAGCAGGUGUUGCUGAAGAGGCUGGAGAUCUUCGGGGGGCCGCCCUCCAAGUACAUCUCCACACACCCUCUGGACGAGACGGCUGCCUCGGGCCCCGCCAUCCUCAGACACAAAGCCCUGUUUGAGCCAUCCAACACACCUUUCAGGUGAGCUCGAAACGAAUGGGAAUUCUGUGUAUUGAUAUGUUUGCCAUAACAUUCUGUAAAUCAGUGGUCACCAACUGGUCAAUCGCGAUCGACUGGUUGAUCUUCAAGGCAUUCCUAGUCGAUCACCAAACAUUUCUGUAGAAAAGCCAACGAUGCUGGUCCCCUGAUCAGCGGUUGCGUGCAUCAACCUAUGGUUGCGUGCCACAUCAUCGACUGUCAUCGACUGACAGAUUGCUAUAACAUAUGAUGUGGUUAGCUGAUACGUAAAAUACAUAUCCAGACGUAAGAUCUGGCAGGGGUCAGCAACGCCUGGGGCAGAGGAAUGCGCCCAAGGCCUUGCGCUCCAAUUUAUUUUUUUCUAUUCGUCUUGCGAUGUUGGUGCACUUGAUUCAGAAGCCCUCCGCACCAGGUAGGCAAAGUGUUCACAUUUUUAACCAUUUCAUUUGUCUGAAGGGACAAACUCAAGUGCGCCUACUGCUCUGGCCAAUCGGAUAGCUCAAAAUACCGUGCCCAUAGCUUUCACGACCCCACAGUAAAGUUUGAUACUAGCCUACUUGAGAUUUCAUAACUUUUAAAACCAUGACCAGAAAGAGACUGUCAAACAAUACAGCAAAUAUCUGCUGUUUUUAUGAGUGACUUCAUGUUUACGUUUUUAUUUAUUUAUACACUGUCAACACUGUUUUUAUUCAACACUGUUUUUAUUAAACACUGUCAACACUGUUUUUAUUCAACACUGUCAACACUGUUUUUAUUCAACACUGUUUUUAUUCAACACUGUUUUUAUUCAACACUGUCAACACUGUUUUUAUUCUGCACUUUUACAAAACAUAAAACGUGCUUCUCCCUACUUCCACUCAGGCUACAACCAGCACUGCAGCUGCAAUACACGAGUAGCCAAGUGUAUCGAAUUUUUAUAAUUAGCAGCUCGUCGUAUAUUUUAAUAUCAAGGGAUAUUUCACUUUCUCUGGUCAUAGGAAUAACAUUAAUUUGUGCAUGAGGCAGAAAUAAUGUGUUGCGUCUCAAGUUGGGCCGUCAGAUGGAAGACGGUCUCCUCUCUCUGGUCAGUUUCACCAGAGAAAAAGAGAGGACAGGGACCGUGAGAGACGGACCCUCUGCUGCUCUCUCCCUCCACUGAGACUGACCAUCAGAUGCAGGUACCAUCAGUCCAGUAAAAUAGCUGUGCCUCGCAACUGAUACAACAACUGAUCUAAUUUCUUAUCAAAGAUUGAGUUAUGAAAUGUAAUAUGGUCUGAGAAGAACAAUAUUGGCAGGCCAAGCAAGCCAAUAUGCUGUGUUAAUGUAUCAGGCCUACUGCACAAACCUCAUUCCUACAGAACUGUUUUUAUUACGUUAAUGUUGCAUAGACAUUACAAGUCAUGUUUAAAAUAAAUCUGACGUGAUCUUGACUCCGAAAAGGUUGGUGACCACUGCUGUAAAUGUAGGUUUUUCGGUACACUGAUAUGAUCCACACAACGUCAUAAAUGCCUUUUGUAAGAGAGCCUGUGUGAGCUGUAUAACCGAGGGGAGUGUUGUGUUGUGUGGCUACAGGUCCAGUCACCACUCUGCCCUGCCUGUGAAGAGGCUGUGGCAGUACCUGGUCAAACAGGAGGAGGUGCAGGAAACGUUCAUCCGCAAUAUUUUCACCAAGAAACGAGACCAAAGCGAGGUAGCUACAACUCCGCCCACCCACCGCAUGCAGACAGCUGAGCAGUCUGAGCACUGACACAUUGCAUACUGUCACUGAAUAACAUCUCCCAUUGAAUAAUACCUUUUUCUAUCCCCGUUGACGCAUUUCUGCUUUUGUUUUUGCAUGUUCCUCGUAUUUCUAUCCUAAUUGCCUUUUUAAUAUAUGGAUUUUUGGUGAAUAAUAUUGUUCUUAAACCCUGAUAAUUAACAGUCUAAUUCUAGAUUGUGUUUCCUGUUGACUCUGCAUGAUUCAUCACAUUGUUUUGUCUGAUGUCUUGGGGGCUUCUCAAAUAAUUAAGUCGGUUGAGGACCACAAUGAAAAUGACAAAUGUUCAGGGAUGGAGGAGCCUAGCUGUAACCAGGUACUGCUUUGGUUCAUUUUGUUGGUGGGGGUUUAUGGGUUGUAAUAAUAAUUUGGAUUGACCAGUAAAAUCAUUCAGUUUUUUCCUGUUUUUAAUUGACACCUGUGUUUUACGCUGGGAAAGUGUCAUCUAUUUCCGCCCUCCACUUCCAUGUCCACGUUUUCUGUUUUUAACUGGACUUCAAGAUUAUAUCAUGAAAUUCAAACAUACACUACCGUUCAAAAGUUUGGGGUCACUUAGAAAUGUCCUUGUUUUGGAAAGAAAGCAAUUUUUUUUUGUCCAUUAAAAUAACAUAAAAUUGAUCGGAAAUACAGUGUAGACGUUGUUAAUGUUGUAAAUGGCUAUUGUAGCUAGAAACGGCUGAUUUUUAACGGAAUGUCUACAUAGGCGUACAGAGGCCCAUUAUCAGCAACCAUCAGUCCUGUGUUCCAAUGGCACGUUGUGUUUGCUAAUCCAAGUUGAUUAUUUUAAAAGGCUAAUUGAUCAUUAGAAAACCCUUUUGCAAGUGACCCCAAACUUUUGAACGGUAGUGUACAUACAGUGGGGAGAACAAGUAUUUGAUACACUGCUGAUUUUGCAGGUUUUCCUACUUACAAAGCAUGUAGAGGUCUGUAAUUUUUAUCAUAGGUACACUUCAACUGUGAGACACGGAAUCUAAAACAAAAAUCCAGAAAAUCACAUUGUAUGAUUUGUAAGUAAUUAAUUUGCAUUUUAUUGCAUGACAUAAGUAUUUGAUCACCUACCAACCAGUAAGAAUUCCGGCUCUCACAGACCUGUUAGUUUUUCUUUAAGAAGCCCUCCUGUUCUCCACUCAUUACCUGUAUUAACUGCACCUGUUUGAACUCGUUACCUGUAUAAAAGACACCUGUCCACACACUCAAUCAAACAGACUCCAACCUCUCCACAAUGGCCAAGACCAGAGAGCUGUGUAAGGACAUCAGGGAUAAAAUUGUAGACCUGCACAAGGCUGGGAUGGGCUACAGGACAAUAGGCAAGCAGCUUGGUGAGAAGGCAACAACUGUUGGCGCAAUUAUUAGAAAAUGGAAGAAGUUCAAGAUGACGGUCAAUCACCCUCGGUCUGGGGCUCCAUGCAAGAGCUCACCUCGUGGGGCAUCAAUGAUCAUGAGGAAGGUGAGGGAUCAGCCCAGAACUACACAGCAGGACCUGGUCAAUGACCUGAAGAGAGCUGGGACCACAGUCUCAAAGAAAACCAUUAGUAACACACUACGCCGUCAUGGAUUAAAAUCCUGCAGCGCACGCAAGGUCCCCCUGCUCAAGCCAGCGCAUGUCCAGGCCCGUCUGAAGUUUGCCAAUGACCAUCUGGAUGUUCCAGAGAAGGAAUGGGAGAAGGUCAUGUGGUCUGAUGAGACAGAAAUAGAGCUUUUUGGUCUAAACUCCACUCGCCGUGUUUGGAGGAAGAAGAAGGAUGAGUACAACCCCAAGAACACCAUCCCAACCGUGAAGCAUGGAGGUGGAAACAUCAUUCUUUGGGGAUGCUUUUCUGCAAAGGGGACAGGACGACUGCACCGUAUUGAGGGGAGGAUGGAUGGGGCCAUGUAUCGCGAGAUCUUGGCCAACAACCUCCUUCCCUCAGUAAGAGCAUUGAAGAUGGGUCGUGGCUGGGUCUUCCAGCAUGACAACGACCCGAAACACACAGCCAGGGCAACUAAGGAGUGGCUCCGUAAGAAGCAUCUCAAGGUCCUGGAGUGGCCUAGCCAGUCCCCAGACCUGAACCCAAUAGAAAAUCUUUGGAGGGAGCUGAAAGUCCGUAUUGCCCAGCGACAGCCCCGAAACCUGAAGGAUCUGGAGAAGGUCUGUAUGGAGGAGUGGGCCAAAAUCCCUGCUGCAGUGUGUGCAAACCUGGUCAAGACCUACAGGAAACGUAUGAUCUCUGUAAUUGCAAACAAAAGUUUCUGUACCAAAUAUUAAGUUCUGCAUUUCUGAUGUAUCAAAUACUUAUGUCAUGUAAUAAAAUGCAAAUUAAUUACUUAAAAAUCAUACAAUGUGAUUUUCUGGAUUUUUGUUUUAGAUUCCGUCUCUCACAGUUGAAGUGUACCUAUGAUAAAUAAAUUACAGACCUCUACAUGCUUUGUAAGUAGGAAAACCUGAAAAAUCGGCAGUGUAUCAAAUACUUGUUCUCCCCACUGUAUAUACAUACAUACAGUACCAGUCAAAAGUUUGGACACACCUACUCAUUCAAGGGUUUUUCUUUAUUUUUACUAUUUUCUACAUUGUAGAGUAAUAGUGAAGACAUCAAAACUAUGAAAUAACACAUAUGGAAUCAUGUAGUAACCAAAAAGGUGUUAAACAAAUCAAACUAUAUUUUAUAUUUGAGUUUCUUCAAAUAGCCACCCUUUGCCUUGAUGACAGCUUUGCACACACUUGGCAUUCUCUCAACCAGCUUCAGCUGGAAUGUUUUUCCAACAGUCUUGAAGGAGUUCCCACAUAUGCUGAGCACUUGUUGGCUGCUUUUCCUUCACUCUGCUGUCCAACUCAUCCCAAACCAUCUCAAUUGGGUUGAGGUCGGGGGAUUGUGGAGGCCAGGUCAUCUGACGCAGCACUCCAUCACUCUCCUUCUUGGUCAAAUAGCCCUUAUACAGCCUGGAGGUGUGUAAAUGACAUAUUAUUGUCCUGUUGGAAAACAAAUGAUAGUCCCACUAAGCUGAAAACCAAAUGGGUUGGCGUAUCGCUGCAGAAUGCUGUGGUAGCCAUGCUGGUUAAGUGUGCCUUGAAUUCUAAAUAAAUCACUGACCGUGUCACCAGCAAAGCACCCCCACACCAUAACACCACCUCCUCCAUGCCUUACAGUGGGAACUACACAUGCAGAGAUCAUCCGUUCACCCACACCGCGUCUCACAAAGACACAGCGGUUGGAACCAAAAAUCUCAAAUUUGGACUCAUCAGACCAAAGGACAGAUUUCCACCGGUCUAAUGUCCAUUGCUCGUGUUUCUUGGCCCAAGCAGGUCUCUUCUUCUUAUUGGUGUCCUUUAGUAGUGUUUUUUUUGCAGCAAUUCGACCAUGAAGGCCUGAUUCACACAGUCCCCUAUGAACAGUUGAUGUUGAGAUGUGUCUAUGACAUGAACUCUGUGAAGCAUUUAUUUGGGCUGCAAUUUCUGAGGCUGGUAACUCUAAUGAACUUAUCCUCUGCAGCAGAGGUAACUCUGGGUCUUCCAUUCCUGUGGCGGUCCUCAUGAGAGCAAGUGUCAUCAUAGCGCUUGAUGGUUUUUGCAACUGCACUUGAAGAAACUUUCAAAGUUCUUGAAAUGUUCCGUAUUGUCUUAAAGUAAUGAUGGAAUGUCAAUUCUCUUUGCUUAUUUGAGCUGUUCUUGCCAUAAUAUGGACUUGGUAUUUUACCAAAUAGGGCUAUCUUCUGUAUAACCCCCCCUACCUUGUCACAACACAACUGAUUGGCUCAAACGCAUUAAGAAGGAAAGAAAUUCCACAAAUUAACUUUUAACAAGGCACACCUGUUAAUUGAAAUGCAUUCCAGGUGACUACCUCAUGAAGCUGGUUGAGAGAAUGCCAAGAGUGUGCAAAGCUGUCAUCAAGGCAAAGGGUGGCUAUUUGAAGAAUAUCAAAUAUCAAAUAUAUUUUGAUUUGUUUAACCCUUUUUUGGUUACUACAUGAUUCCAUAUGUGUUAUUUCAUAGUUUUGAUGUCUUCACUAUUAUUCUACAAUGUAAAAAUAAAGAAAAACCCAUGAAUGAGUAGGUGUAUCCAAACUUUUGACUGGUAGUGUACAUACAUACAUUCUGAAAGUAUUAAGACCCCUUUUUCCACAUUUUGUUACGUUACACCCUUAUUCAACAACAACAAAAAUCCUCAUCAAUCUACACACAAUACUCCAUAAUGACAAAGUGAAAACAGGUUUUUAGAAAUGUUUGCUAAUGUAUUAAAAAUUAAAAUAAAUACCUUAUUUACAUAAGUAUUAACACCCUUUGCUAUGAGACUCGAAAAUGAGCCCAGGUGCAUCCUGUUUUCAUUGAUUUAUCCUUGACAUGUUUCUACAACUUAAUUGGAGUCUACCUGUGGUAAAAUCAAUUGAUUUGACAUUAUUUGGAAAGGCACACACCUGUCUAUGUAAGGUCCCACAGUUGACAGUACAUGUCCGAGCAAAAACCAAGCCAUGAGGUCGAAGAAAUUGUCCGUUGAGCUCCGAGACAAGAUUGUGUCAAGGCACAAAUCUGAGGAAGGGUACCAAAACAUUUCUGCAGCAUUGAAGGUCCCCAAAAACGCAAUGGCCUACUCCAUUCUUAAAUGGAAGAAGUUUGGAACCACCAAGACUCUUCCUAGAGCUGGCCUCCCGGCCAAUCUGAGCAAUCGGGCGAGAAGGGCCUUGGUCAAGGAGGUGGCCAAGAACCCGAUGGUCACUCUGACAGAGUUCCUCUGUGGAGAUGGGAGAACCUUCCAGAAGGACAACAGUCUCUGCAGCACUCCACCAAUCAGGCCUUUAUGGUAGAGUGGCUUGACGGAUGCCACUCCUCAGUAAAAGGCACGGCUGCCCGCUUGGAGUUUUCCAAAAGGCACCUAAAGGACUCAGACCAUGAGAAACAAGAUUCUCUGGUCUGAUGAAACCAAGAUUGAACUCUUUGGCCUGAAUGCCAAGCGUCGCGUCUGGAGGAAACCUGGCACCAUCCCUACGAUGAAGCAUGGUGGUGGCAGCAUCAUGCUGUGGGGAUGUUUUUCAGCGGCAGGGACUGGGAGAUUAGCCAGGAUCAAGGGAAAAAUGAACUUAGCAAAGUACAGAGAUCCUUGAUGAAAACCUGUUCCAGAGCGAUCAGCACCUCAGACUGGGGCGAAGGUUCACCUUCCAACAGGACAACGACCCUAAGCACACAGCCAAGACAACGCAGGAGUGGCUUCGGGACACGUCUCUGAAUGUCCUUGAGUGGCCCAGCCAGAGCCCGGACUUGAACCCGAUCGAACAUCUCUGGAGAGAUCUGAAAAUAGCUGUGCAGCGACGCUCCCCAUCCAACCUGACAGAGUUUGAGAGGAUCUGCAGAGAAGAAUGGGAGAAACUCUCCAAAUACAAGUGUGCCAAGCUUGAGACGACAUACCCAAGAAGACUCGAGUCUGUAAUCGCUGCCAAAGGUGCAUCAACGAAGUACUGAGGAAAGGGUCUGAAGACUAUAAAUGUGUGUAUUUUUUUGUAUACAUUUGUAAAAAAAAAAUUAAAAACCUGUUUUUGCUUUGUCAUUCAUUAAGGGGUAUUGUGUGUAUAUUGAUGAGAAGAGAAAACAAUUUAAUCAAUUUUAGAAUAAGGAUGUAACGUAACAAAAUAUGGAAAAAGUCAAGGGGUAUGAAUACUUUCCGAAUGCACUGUAUAUUAAUUUACUUCUCCCUAAUGCCUUUUAUGAAGGUUUUACAUUGCAUUUUUGUGCAUUUUGCACUUGAAGUCAAUUUUUUAAAAACGGAACAAAUAGUGAUAUUGAAGUCACACUUUCCCAGCGCAUUAUUCACUUGGCAAAUUUCCCAAGUUGUUUGAAAUAAUUGAACCAAUUAGUUAAGCAAUUUGGCUCAUUUUCAAAAAGCUGCAUUGGUUUUAUUGAAAUCUUGUUAGCAUGAGCUCACAAGAAUUGGAUCACAAAUGCAUGUGCAAUGCUUUCAUCAGGCAAUCUGAGAUUUUAAUGAAUUUUGUAAUGGACAGCUUCAUAAAGAAUCAAACAAUGUUUAUACUGUCAUGAUAUAGAGCUAUAUGAAAGACAUUGCCAUGCCUUUAUCUGAAUGUGAUACAGUAUACUAUAUCUAAGACAACAUUCACUAUAGAUACAGUCUUGAGGGUAUAUGGUGUUAUUUUACUUAAUAGAACCAUAAGAAAUAAUAUAUUUUCAGAAUUACUGGACAGUAAAAUAAUAAAUAAAACCCAUUCUGUGAUAAAAGCCUUUUCCUAGUCUAUACAGUGAUUAGGUUGCCAUAGUUCCUAUCUAACUAAUUCCACAGAGUGUGCAGAGGAGAAUGAGACUGUCAUGAAGUCCAAUAGGUUCUGAUUAGCAGGCCCAGAGUGUCACGUUGAAUGUUCGUCGGGUUAAGAUUAAGUACUAUGUGAAAAUGGCAAGUCACCAUAUUUAGAUUUCAUAGUCAAGCCGAACACUGACAGGAAAUGUGGUAUUUUCAAUUUAAAUAAUUGUAAUGUAGAAUGUAAUUCAACCUAAUGUUCUGUGAAAGCCUCCGUUCGGCGUCUCGUGUCAAUACACCCCUUUUAGAUUAUACAAUAAGACGGCCAUCUCAGUGGCGUUGCUGAGCAUUGUCAAGAGGUUGAAAAUGGCACUAAUCCUGAUAACUGUGUGCUCUUGAUGCUCUCGUCUCCCACCCUGUAGCCCUGAGGCAAAGCUCUAUUACAGAUACACAUCCUUCUACUGCAGACAGGCAUGCGUCAUCCAUUCAUCUCCCAUCACUGUUCCUUUUGGUCACACUUAAAUGAUUCAGACGGGCAGAGACUGUGUAAUGAUUCAUGCGUUGCUCUACAGAGCGAGGCAGAUCUGGGCUACCCCGGAGGCAAGGCCCGAAUCAUCCACAAGGACUCGGACAUCAUUACCGCCUUCGCCAUCAACAAGGUACUUCACAUCUUCCACACAGGAGAGGUCUGUUCCACACAUGUUCUACACAGGAGAGGUCUAGCCUACACAGGAGAGGUCUGCGUCGUUAGGUUAGACUAACAAGGUGUCACAUUGGCUCUACGGGCUGUCUGAAGUGGAAGGACUGAUUUUGGAUUUCUCUCCUCUAUUCUCUCUUGCUCGUGUCUUUUCUCUACUCUCUCUCUCUGUCCCAGGCUAAUCGUAACUGCUUAGUCAUGGCCUCCACUCAUGACAUUCAGGAGCUGGACGUGUCCUCCAUCUUGGCCACUCAGAUUCUGACGUGGAUCGACGACGAUACCGAGGCAGAGGCCAAAGGGUGAGCCCGGGUCAAUCUCAAUAACCCAAACAAGAAAAUUAAGUGUCUUUCUACUUUGAAAGACAUUCAAGAGUUGCGUAGGAACUGCGAGUGUCCCUCUGUGUCCCUACCUGUGAUUUUGCAGCUGAAUACCUCCCAUUGACCAUAUCAGAUUGAUUACAAUCUAUGGUAAUAAGUAAAAGCCUCAAGCCUCAGCUCUUGGAUGCAGUCAGCACUGUGUUAAUACUGUUCUCUGUCUGGGAGUGUCCUAUCAAACUCUGCUCGCGCUCUCUCUUUCUCUCUCUUUCUCUCUCUCUCUCUCUCUCUCUCUCUCUCUCUCUCUCUCUGUCUCUCUCAUUAGUGAUGACUUCCUGGUGAUCCAGGCCCGGGACGACUUCAACACCCUCCACGGCACCACCCCCUACACCCACAGCAGCCCAGGGACACCGAUCAACAUGCCCUGGCUCGGGGGCCUGCAGACGGGGAGAGGCGCUGCCGUGGUGAGGCCGAUGGAGCUUUUACUGUGGUUCCUUUUUUUUUUUUUGUCACUGAUAUUGAGCACAAUGCAGUACAUUCUACUAGUAUGUCUUGUAGAGUUCCAGUCUAAGUAUAAUGUCCUUUUAUUUCCUGGUGCAGCUCAUCAAAAGGAACAUCAACAACGUGAGAAGGAUGACCUCACACCCAACCUUGCCUUACUGUAAGUAGAUGUGACUUCUUUCCUGCUUGUAUACAAUGACUAAAACCUCCACACGUGCUAGCUAUAUAUGUGUACCAUGUCUAUUCUGUUUAGUCCUUGACGUUCUCAUCCUUCCCUUGUGCUAAUAUUCCAAGAAUAUACCGAGUCCUUUUAUUGUCAAUACUACAUUGGGAUUAGAGAAUCCUUUGAUUACCCAGCCCCUCCCUCCCUCCCUCCCUCCCUCCCUCAGACUUAACAGGAGCGCAGGACGGAAGUGUCCGGAUGUUUGAGUGGGGCCACUCUCAGCAGAUCAUCUGCUUCCGAAGUCCAGGCAAUUCCAGAGUCACACGGAUACGAUUCAACCACCAAGGAAACAAGGUGACUACACUUUCCCUCCCCAAUUGCACCCUAUUCCCAAUUUCCCUUUAUUGCACACUACUUUUGACCAGGGCCCAUAGGAAUCUGGUCCAAAGUAGUGCACUAUACAGGGAAUAGGGUGCCAUUUGGAACGCAUGCUUAGUUUACAUUUAAUUAUUCACUGAGCAACGUUUUCCCCGCCCAACUCAGUCCCUCAACAACAUGGCCACUGCUGAGGAAUGAUAUAGUUGCUGGACAUACUUUUACUCCCUAUUUGAAUGAUCUUCCUAAUAUGAUCAUCUCUUGGCUGUGUUGUCCAGUUUGGUAUGGUUGACGCUGAUGGAGCUCUACGUCUGUGGCAGACCAAUACGACUGGGAACACCCCUAAACCCUACCUGGUAGGAACUAAGCACCCGUCUGUCUCUGUCUGUCUGUCGGUCUGUCUCCGUUUACAUGUAACUGCCAAAAUAAAGGAAACACGUGAGUAAAUGAGUGAUACAACAUAUAUUGAAAGCAGGUGCUUCAACACAGGUGUGGUUCCUUAGUUAAUUAAGCAAUUAACAUCCCAUCAUGCUUAGGGUCAUGUAUAAAAAUGCUGGGCAGGCCAUUGUUUUGGCUACCAUGGCUAUGCUCCCAUAGGAUGACAAUGACUCCAGCCACAGGGCACGAAUGGUCACUGAAUGGUUUCAUGAGCAUGAACAUAAACGAUAUGCCAUGGCCGUCUCAGCCACCAGAUCUCAACCCAAUUGAACUCUUAUGGGAGACUGUGGAGCAGCGCCUGAGACAGCGUUUUCCACCAUCAACAACAAAACCCCAAAUGAUGGAAUUUCUCGUGGAAGAAUGGUGUCGCAUCCCUCUAAUAGAGUUCCAGACUUUUGUCGAAUCUAUUCCAAGGUGUAUUGCAGCUGUUCUGCAUGAAUGGCCCAACCUAUUGGAAACAUGAGUGAUUCACUUAUAUUUGGAAGUACGGUACCUCAACUCGCAGGUGUUGUUUUGUUGAUUGUGAUUACUUCCCCACAGACAUUGCAGGCCAUAAAAUGCGGCACGACUUGUUUUGGGCUAUCCUCCUAUAGCCCCAAGGGCUGUCCAGACACAGGGCACGAGCCAAUGGUUCAGAGCACGCUACGAGCCACCGUCUCAGCACCAUGACUCUACCAUGCUUUGAGCUGUUGAGAGCGCUAGACCAUGCUUCAAGCCAUCUAACAACAAACCCAAGAUGUGAGAUUUCUGUGUACAGAGGCAUGUCGAUCCCUGCUACAUAGAGUUUAGCCAGACUCUGAGCCAUGCUUCUGAGCCAUGCUCUGAGCCAUGCUACAGAGCCAUGCUUCUGAGCCAUGCUACAGAGCCAUGCUUCUGAGCCAUGCUUCUGAGCCAUGCUACAGAGCCAUGCUUCUGAGCCAUGCUACAGAGCCAUGCUUCUGAGCCAUGCUACAGAGCCAUGCUACAGAGCCAUGCUUCAGAGCCAUGCUUCUGAGCCAUGCUUCAGAGCCAUGCUUCAGAGCCAUGCUACAGAGCCAUGCUACAGAGCCAUGCUUCUGAGCCAUGCUUCUGAGCCAUGCUUCUGAGCCAUGCUACAGAGCCAUGCUACAGAGCCAUGCUACAGAGCCAUGCUUCAGAGCCAUGCUUCAGAGCCAUGCUACAGAGCCAUGCUUCUGAGCCUUGCUACAGAGCCAUGCUUCUGAGCCAUGCUUCUGAGCCAUGCUACAGAGCCAUGCUUCUGAGCCAUGCUACUGAGCCAUGCUACAGAGCCAUGCUUCAGAGCCAUGCUUCAGAGCCAUGCUUCAGAGCCAUGCUUCAGAGCCAUGCUACAGAGCCAUGCUUCUGAGCCUUGCUACAGAGCCACGCUACAGAGCCUUGCUACAGAGCACAUGUGAACAAACCUCUCAAUCUCUCCACUGGAGGGACCAAAUGGGCUGAUUCGCUGUAAGUAAUGCUUUGUUUUGUCUCCAUAGGAAUGUGUGUCUUUGGGAUACAUUGGUGAAUCCAAUGAACAGCCUAGUGCACGGUGAGUCCUCCAACACUGGCUCGUUCUAAUGAAGCCAGUACAUCAUCAACAAUACUACAGACAGUAGCCAAGUUAGCUACAUUGAAGUUGUGUUCCUAAAAGAGACUAUUUUGCCCCGCUCUCCUCUCUCUGCAGCCUUUAGUUGUCAUGAGUCGGGGGCCACAGUGCUUUCGCUGGCCCCCAGGAAGCAGCUGCUGAUCACAGGUGGCAGGAAGGGCUGGAUCAGCGUGCUGGAGCUCGCCCACAGGCACCAGCGCCAGAGCUUCCAGGCCCACGACUCCCCCGUCAAGGCCCUGGUCGUGGACCCCACCGAGGGCAGCUUCAUCAGCGGCUCCGCUGAGGGCAACAUCAAGGUGCCCUCCCUCCCUCACUAGCCACAUAGUCACCUCACGUACUCACCUCACUGCACCUGUUGCUUGUUUUUUCUUUCCUUUUUUUGAAUGGCAUCAGGUGACUGGGUUAGGAUGGGUCAAAAACAAGGGAUGGGGGUGGAUUUAUGGGUGGAAUUCAAGGGGCUGAUCAAGCGGAGUAGGGUGGUUGGAGAAGCCUAUUGCAAAAUUAGACCAAGGUUAUUAUUUUCUCAGGAUUACAGAAGAUAUUUGGUCCCCCCCCCCCCCCCCCUGUAUAGCAUGUUAAAGAUUUAAAUCCAUAAAUCGUAUGCAAGUCUAACAAAAAGGUUUCCUGUGUCUGUACUAUAGCUCCACCCCUGACUGUGCCGUGUUGUUGCAGGUGUGGAGCCUGUCCACGCAGUGCUUACUGCAUCAUUUCCCCAACGAGCACGCUCGCCAGUCCUUGUUCCGGAAUCUGGGCACGGGCGUGAUGCAGAUCGAGGUGGGCCCGGCCAACCACAUCUUCUCGUGCGGCGCCGACGGUACCAUGAAAAUGAGGAUCCUCCCCGACCGCUUCAGCGUCAACAAUGGCAACCUGAAGAACGACGUCAAGUUCAUAAUUUAGCUAACUCGGCACAGCCUCAGCUUGUGGUUGACGUGACCAAGACUGCCUUUGUUUGCACAAGUUACUGCAAGAUGAGUGUGGAGGGACUGUCUGUGCACAAGGAGAGGACGACGCUCCAAAACGGACGCAAGUUUCAUCCUCUCACCAGUGAUCACUUUUCUAAGGCAAUCAUCAUAUUGGAAUCUUACACGUCAAGAUGAGUUGUGUAGAGAUGAUUAUCUGGAUGCAGUGUAUGAUUUGGGAUGUCAGGUGUUCCUACAGUGCUCUGCAUCCAUUUUAAGACUGUAAAAUACUGACAUCCCUGCUUGCUUGAGGCGUUAAGGCCAGUUGAUAUAAAGCACAUUAUCGAAUCAUAAGGAAUUCGCUUUGUUUGCCCGUAAAUAAGGUAAAAUGAUAUGCAGUGCAUAGUUUAGUUUAGAUGUCAGAGAGUAAGCCAAGCCUAAAGUAAUUAGAAUAUUCUGUUUAGUAUUGUUGUGGUCUAGAUUCAAACAGUGGUGAUGUGUCCUUGUAAAUCUUCAACCAACACUGGUACUGCACCCAUUUCCCCUAGGUGGUGUUGAGUGGUAUUUAGUUUCGGUUGGACCUUUGUGUGCAAUUGACCAAUAAAGUGUUCUUAAUCUUGUUGAGUUGCACACGUAGCUUUAGUCAGGACCCACUUAUCAGGGGACACCAAUAUAAUCGGCCUGUUCGUCCCUUGAUCAUUUUAGACAGAAUGCUUUAACUAUCAAGAAGCUUAUAUAGUAACACCAUGUAAGCACCAUUUUCUUUAGCCAAUCGGAGAAAGAGAACACUAAUUUGAAUGGACGUCUUAUUGAGUAUGAAAUUGUUUUAUUCCAACACAGCACUUUCUUCUUCCCAAUCCCCAAAACGACCACAGAUGCAUCGAUAAGUCACUUAAAUUGUGGAUUUACUUUUGCUAAGAUGAAAUUGACUUUACAAACUGGUUUAACUAGCUUGUCAUUUAGGCUGAAUGAAGGCAAGCAGCUCAAUUCUGAUAUGUUUUCCACU